UUGGGGAAGUGUAACUUCCGCGCACCUAGCAGACGGCCGGGUGCUGCGGCCGCACCAACGUCACGUCGCAUCUUCUUUUCCCCCCAAAAGAUGGAGGACGACACCUCUGCCACGGACAGUAGCGUCCAGCGUGCCAACACCACUACGACUAUCAGCACCAUCGCCGUUCAGUCGGGAGAGACGCGCAUCGUCAUUGCCCUCCUACAAAGUAAAGAAUGGAUGCAAUUGAAAGUUCAAGAGAUGCAACCGGCCAUAACGGAUAUAGGAAGUUGCCUGGAAGAUGCUGUGAUGUUGCAUCAGCAACACGAGCAAGUAUUGGAGAAAUUGCAGUCGAAACAGAGUCCUGUAGAGGAGUUGCUACGUCAAGCAGACGAGCUGAUCUCUACACAGCAGCCGAGAGCAGAGGUAUACGCAGCCAUGGCCGAGAACUUGGGACUUGCAUGGAAGGACUUAAACAACCAAUUAGAGCAGAGGAGACAAAUUCUCGAACAAGCGGUGACGUUUCACAGCAGAGUACGGGAUUUUACAGAAAGAAUGGACAAAGCUCACGUUAUAUUUACCGAUACUUAUUCUCCGAACGAUAUUGACAGUUGCAAAAUGUUAUUGCAAAGGUUGCACGAUGACAAGAAAGGCAUACUCGAGAUAUCUCUUCACACAUUGAAUGCGGGACAGAUCCUAGUUCAUCAGUUAGACGAGAUAGCCCAUAACAGCCUGAACGAUUCGAGACCGGAACACAUGAAGAUGGAGGCUCAAAAAUCAUCAUCCACGGUCGAGAGGAUGAUGGAGAAUCUUCACGACAGGUGGCGCUAUCUGGAGGGCGUGUGGCAAAGUAGGAAAACAAAAUUGGAGCAUACUCUUCAGAUACUUUUGGUUUCAAGUGAUCUAGAUCAGGUGGAGAAUUGGCUUCAAACGAAAGGAGCUGAAUAUAUGAGGCAAUACAAUUUAGGAGAUUCUUCUGCUAAUGCGGAAAUUCUUCUACACGAACAUGGAAAAGUGGAAAUUGAGACUAAAGAAGUGCAAGAUAGAAGCAUCCGGUUAUUAAAAACAGUCGAGCAAUUGACGUUAUCGGGUGUUGCCAUGACGGAAACAUCGAGAUGUCGAGCGUAUCAGUUACUUUCAGAUUGCUCUGAUUUAAUAUCUGCAGUGCAUACUAGACGACAGUUACUUUCUCUCGCCAUUGCCUUUUUUAAUUUAUGUCAAACGGUUGUAACGAAGCUUGAUCAAUUGGAUGUACAACUGUCUACUACAGAGCUAUUGCCUAAUGCUACUAAUCAGAUAAAACGAACUAUUAAUGAACUGGUAACAGAAGCAGUCGCAGAAGGUCAAAAUCUGAUAGAAAUGGCGGAAAAUCUUGGGACGGAAGGCGUUCAGAGGAAGAUUGCAGAGUUGGAAGACCGCAGGCAACACUUGUUGAAACUGUGUUCUUCGGUGGUUACACCAGAAAGUAACACGGCUUACAUCAAUUUCCAUAACAGAUACGAUACGCUCUAUACUUGGAUCACGAGUACCGUUCAGGCCUUCUUGCAAGGCCAUCAGGAUAUGGGCAGUAGUUAUCCUAUGGCUAAAAACUUCCUAGAAAGUCAUGAAAGUUUGCAAAAGGAAAUUAGGUUAAAGGAUAUCGAAGUCGAUGCCUUACUCAAAACAGUCCCGUCUCUGGUUAGAGUUGGGGGGAAAGAAGCUGAAGAGGUGCACAAGAAGGCUGAUAAUUUGCGUAGUCAGUGGACGUUACUUUUAUCCCUGCUUGAUAAUAGGAUUUUGAUAGUGCAACGCUAUGCUGCCUUUCACAAACUUGCUUCUCAGCUGGGGGCAGACAUGGAGUCCAUUGAAAAUGCCAUACAGUCAGACAGGGAUGGCUCGAACAGGAAAGCGACCGAAGAGAAAUGGUUCGCUGUACAACAACAAUUUCUGGAAUUAAACAACAAAGGAAAAAACUUUAUCGAAGAUGCAUAUAAGGUAAACGAUCCUCAUCUGGAUAUCAAGAGAGCUAUUCUAUGCGUUCAGACGAUACUGGAUCAAUUUAAUAAUCGCAAAAAUAACAUCAAUAAUCUCUGGAACAGUUGGCAACAGGAUGUCAUAUCGGAAAGACAGCAAUUGAUGCAAUGGGAAUAUUGCGCCAAAGAAAUAAGAAGGGUUGUUGAAGUCGUAACGACCUUUAAACUUCAGUUAUAUCCAAUUAUACCAAAAGAAUUGAAUAGGAUCGACUCCAUUAUCGUAUUCUUGGAGAGACAUCAAGAGAGCAUGAAUGGCCAAAUUAAGUCUUUAGGACGAGAGAUCGAAGAUUGCCUCAAUAAAUCGCAAGCCUUUUCUACGAAAGGAGAAUUUCAAAAUCAAAAGGACCAACUGUUAAAUCAGAUGAAAAACGCACAAAACGAAUUGGAAGCAAAAUUGACUGAAUGCCUUCUUCUGGCAGCCAUGAUGCUAACUUUCUUCCAGAACUUGAAGCAGAUCGAAGAAAAGAAUCAACGUCAAGAUCCGGUUCCUACAGAUAUUUUAUCCAUCGAUCAGCAACUCGUGGACCACGAUAACCUUCGACCAACGUUCUUACAACUGUUAGAAUUUGCUCAAAGAGAAGCGGAUCAAUUGAUAAAUAAGAUAAACGAAAUUGAACCACCACCCGCGGCUGCACAGGAUAAAGAAAAGAUUCAAAGUAUCCUGCUCUGGCUCCAUCAACAAUUAGAAGACAGUUGGAAAUUGAGGAAAGAGAGACUGGAACAGCAGAAAUUUUAUUGGCAAUUGCGUGAAAUAAAUCAGCAGAUACAAGAAUUAAGUGAUCAGCUAUCAAACAUGAAGGGAAACACUGGAGAAUCUCUUGCAACUGUAAAGUUAACUUCGCAAGCUUUUAUACAAUUGCAAAAAACUAUAGAGCUCUUAGACGAAAAAGUCAACACCUUUGUAAGCACCGCUCAAAGAAUGGUUGCACCACCCAUGCAAGAAAUCAGCGAGUUGCAAACUAAAUGGUCGACGUUUCAUAUGCAAAUUGGAGAUACUAGAAAACACAUCGAUCUAGUUUUAGAAUAUUUUGUUUUGAUCGAACAGAUUGAAGAAUGGUUUAAAGAAGGAAGCCAACUUCUGGUAUCGAUUGCGCAAAGAUCAGCGAGUUGUAAAAAUCCAACUGAUGCUAUAAAUCUGCAAAAUGAAGUUGAUAGAUUUGUUAAACCUGGUGAAGCUGAACAGGAUAAAAGAAUGAAGAAGUUGAGCACUCUUUCCAUACAGUUGUAUGGUCAAGCACCUCCGAUUACAAAUCAGAUUUUGCAGAAGAAUAAAGAUAUGUUGACAUCAUUCGUGUGUAUUAAUAAAGAUUUGAAAAAUUUGCAACAGAAUCUGAACGAAGCAGAAAAACAGAAGCAAAAGUUGGAAAAAGAAGCUGUUAAAGAAGUACAGGUAGAUAUAGUACCGGAUCCAACUAGACCACCAGUUUUUACAGUACCCUUGAUGGAUGUAGAGGUUACCGAGGGAUCAAAAGUAACUUUCUUGUGCCACGUUGAUGGUCACCCACCUCCUUUCAUCGAAUGGCUCAAAGAUGGUCUUCAAGUUCAUAACAAUCCGGAUUACCAGACAAAACACGAAAAUGGCUUAUGUACUUUAACUAUAGAGGAAACGUUUGCUGAAGAUUCUGCAAAAUAUAUCUGUCGAGCUACAAACUCUGUAGGAAGAGCAGAAACUCAAGGGCAACUUACAGUCAGAGAGAGUCACCCUCACGAAGAAGCAAUACCACCUCAUUUCGUCAAAGAACCCGCCCUGACGGUGGCUAGACAAGGUCAACCUUGCCAGAUGGAGUGCCAAGUAGAAGGAAACCCACUACCCAUUGUAUCGUGGUAUAAAAAUGAUGUCUGUAUCGAUAAUUUUCCAGAAUAUGUCAUCACUUAUAACAAUGGCUACAGCAUUUUGAGAUUUGAGGAAAUUUAUCCUGAAGACGAAGCUCGUUAUACUUGUAAAGCUGUGAAUCCUGCAGGACAGGUUGCAUGCAGCGUCAAGUUGACUGUACUACCUCGAGAUGCAUCUAAGAAACCAGAGAUUAUAGUUCCUUUAUCUAAUGUAAUGGCGAGGGCAGGACAGAAAUUGAGAUUGGAAUGUAAAGUUGAUGGCUUACCCACUCCUACAAUCACGUGGUAUCAGAAUAGGCAACCAGUUAGUGAUUUCUGCCAGACAAGUUACAGCGAUGGAAUAGCAACACUCGUGAUUCCUGAAGCAUUUCCUAAAGAUGCAGGAACUUACAGUCUCGUAGCAUCCAACGAAGCAGGAGAGACAUCAUCUUCCUGUUUAGUAUCUGUUAAAGGCAGACUACCUCUUGAAACUUCUGAUUCUGAAAUGGCUUCAGAUUUUGAACUCCUGAAACCUGACGUGAGACUUCAUCUGCAAAACCAAACUGUAAUCGAAGGAAACCCGAUAAGAUUAGAUUGCGUUAUCAUUGGACAACCAGAACCAGAGGUUAUCUGGUAUCAUAAUGGAAAGCCAGUUAAAGAAUCUGAAGAUGUGCAACUGCUCUUCGAAGGUGAUCGAUGUUCUUUGAUCAUCAAGGAAGCUUACCUGGAAGAUCAAGGAUGCUACAAGUGUGUUGCCAUAAAUUCUGCUGGAGAAGCUUCUAGUAUCUGUGAACUGAAAGUUAAACCAUUCCAAAAUGUGGUUAAUGGUGAAAAGGGCGCCAUGGAAAUCGGAAGUCCUCCCAUGUUUUCAUUAAUGUUGAGAAAUGUUAUGGCUAACGAAGAGGAGAGCGUCAAAAUGGCAUGCCAAGUCAAAGGUCAGCCGGAUCCCGAAAUCUCAUGGUACAGAAAUGGAGUACAGUUACAUUCUUCUGCACAUUGUGUGAUAACGAAAGAACCAUCAGGUUUGACAACACUGACAAUCUCAACUGUAGAAAAGGGAGAUGAAGGAGAAUAUAUGGUGAAGGCCACAAACAAUGCAGGAGAAGCUAAAUGUAUAGCAACUCUAUCAGUUCUAAGGAAACCUGGCAUACCACCCUGUUUUCAAAAAUAUUUAGAUUGUUUAACAGUUGAAAAAGAAAGGGAAGCCAAAUUUCAAUGUCAAAUUACAGGAACACCUAAACCAGAGGUACAAUGGUAUUUUGGCGAGAUUCUUAUCAAAAGUGACAAGUUUCAAACUGUAAGUAGCGAUGGGGAUUACCAUAGUUUGACCAUAGCGAAAUGUUUACCUUUUCAUGCUGGGCGGUAUACUGUCAAAGCCGAGAACGAUAGCGGUAGAGCAGUAUCUUCAGCAACGUUAAACAUUAUUGAACCAGCACCUUCCUCGCCCGAAAUGCAGGAGCACAGAGCUCAAACCAUGGUCAUGACCAAGAAGACCACCCUAGUUCAGAAGAGCACCAUAUGUCAACCAGCUGAAAAGUUUACCAAAGGAAGUUAUGAAAUCCUACAGACGUCAGAGGAAGAAGUUGAUGAUAAACCGAAGAAAAGCAAAGUAGAAAUAACCCUCCAAAGUCAUUCACCAGACAUUGUAACUUCAGUUGUACCACUGAUCCCGCCGAAAUUUUUGAAACCUCUCCAGUCCAUUAUCGUAAAGUCUGGUUUUAGACUGCAAAUGGAAGCUGAAGUGACCGGACAACCAGAACCUCAAGUCGAAUGGUUCCGAAAUGGAGUAAAAUUAAAAAAUUCACCAGAUUUUCGCAUCACAUCCAUAGGCAAUGUGCAUCAGCUGCUGAUUCCCGAGGUCUUCCCCGAUGAUUCUGGAACCUUUCAAGUCACUGCUACUAAUUCGUGUGGAGAAGCCACGUCCACUGCCGAUUUAAUUGUGGAAGAAGAAUCCAACAACGGUACUACGCAACGCGUUGCUGUGGUCGAAGAGAGAAAAGAGUUAUUCACCAAGAUUUCGCUUAAGAAAACUGAGAGUGAAGAUGUAGGGAUGAUAUCCGAAGUUAAGAUUUGGAGUGGUGCUAAACCCACUCCUUAUCCGGCUCCUCUUUUAGUAACGUUGAUAAAAGAUGUCGAACCGGAAGAAGUUCCGAUAAUCAUCGAAGAAGAGAAACCGAAAGAAAAACCGAAACCGAUAAUUAAAAAAGACGACGAGAAACGAACGACCAAACCCAAAAAAGAAGUAAUCAUACAAGAAGAUCCUGUAGUUAGUACUCAAGUGGAACCACCGGUUUUCAUUCAGAAUCUAUCUGAUGUUACCGUGGAUCAAGGCGUUAAGGUGACUUUAGUGUGCCACGUCACAGGGUCUCCUCAACCCAAUAUAAAGUGGUUUCGCGAGCACCAGCAGAUAACUUCGUCUAAAGAUUACGAAAUGACCUAUAGAGAUGGGGAAUGCUGCCUAAUUAUACCAGAAGCCUUUCCGGAAGAUCAGGGUAGUUUUACCUGCACUGCCACCAACAUAGCAGGAACCAAAAGCACCUCUGCAAAGCUAAUCGUCAGAAACAAAGAUCAGGGAAUGGUGAUCCAACCACCCUCAGCGCAAUUUAAGCGUCCCUUCAACGCGACUCCCCCUAUAUUUGAAAAGCCACCGACAGGGGGGAGGUUUAUCGAAGGCCGUGAUGCUCAUUUUGAAUGUCGGGUUAGGGGUAACCCUGCACCAGAAGUUGUAUGGUCCAGGCGUGGUAUGCCUAUCAGAAAUGAUCACAGGCGCCAAGUGUUUUAUAAUCCGGAUACUGGUGUUUGUACAUUUGAUAUAAAAAACCUGACAGCGGACGACGAUGGAGAUUACACGUGUACGGCCGUUAAUUGCGCUGGAGAAGCGGCGCUAACGAUAUCUAUACACCGUGAAGCGCAAGCAGCUCAGCAGAUAACUAGAACCGAACGCGUAGAUGUCAGAACGAUCAGACAGCCUAUCGUACAACAGAGAUAUACACAAAUAGAACGCCAAGUCCACGAUGGCAUACAAUUCCAGAGAUCUGUUUCCUCCGAUUACGAUGGUGAACCAGGAAGUCCUCUCUACUACAGUGGAACUGAACAGGGUUUUCGCGUGGAUACAUUUGAGUACCGUUUACUACGAGAAGUCGAAUUUCGCGAAUCUUUAAUACAAAUCCGUCCCGAAGAAAUGGAACAAGAAGUAUACGACCAAUCAAAACCUCCGAGUGCACCUCAAUUAGCACAACGUCCACGUAAUAGUAAAUUAUUAGAAGGUUCUGAUGUAACAUUCCAGGCUAAAAUCAGUGGAAAUCCUAAACCAAGGAUUAUAUGGUUUAAGAAUGGACAAAGAUUGCUACCUUCUCAACGUUACAAAAUGUCUUUUGUCGAUAACGUUGCAACUCUCAAUAUUCACAUGGCACUUCCGGAAGAUGCCGGUUUCUAUACUUUAUUAGCAGAGAAUAAGUCGGGCAGAAUCACUUGCUCGGCUCACCUGGUUAUAGAAGCUAUUGGCGUGACGAGUGAAACUAAGUUUAUUAGCACUCAAAGAUUCGAAACGGCGCAGCAACAGCAACAGGUUCAGCAUUAUCAGCAACAGCAACAGGUUCAGCAUUAUCAACAACUUCAACAGCAGCAGCAAUAUCAACAGCAACAAAUGCAGCAGCAAUAUCAACAAAUAGAUACUAGUCAAACUAGAAUGACACAAGUAGAAAAUGAAGUCGAUAGUGGAGCUCGAACGCUGAAACCAAAUUUUGUCAAAGUCCCAACUGAUAAAGAAAUUACGGAAGGCAAGAUGGUCAGAUUUGAUUGUAGAGUUUCUGGCCGGCCCUUUCCCGAAGUGCUAUGGUACAAAAAUGGUAUCCAGAUUAUGGAUGAUGCCACUCAUAAGCUGCUAGUAAAUGAAGGUGGCGUACAUGCACUCAUGAUAACUGUAGCUAGCCGAGAAGACAGUGGACACUAUGUAUGUGUAGCCAGAAAUAAAAGUGGAGAAGCAAAGUUCGAAGUCAAUUUACAUAUCAUAGAAAAAGAGCAAGUGGUUUCACCAAAAUUUGUUGAACGGUUUCAAAGUAUUCACGUUAGAGAUGGAGAACCUGUGACACUUCAUUGUAGAGCUGUCGGUACUCCUAUUCCCCGUAUCACAUGGCAGAAAGAUGGUGUUCAGAUUCAUUCCAGACCUCCAGACAUGAUUAUUGAAACUAUGGAUGGAAGUUCCACGUUAUACUUUAAUAAAGUAACGUAUCUAGAUGCUGGAUGGUAUCAAUGCACUGCUCAAAAUCAAGCUGGAAGUACUGCAACUCGUGCUAGAUUAUAUGUAGAAAUUGAUGAGCGACCAUUACCAGAACCAUGGCGACUGCAUUUACCUCGUCCACAUAAAGUAAUAGAGCCAGAGCGUUCGCCACCGAGAGAAACUAUAUGGUUACGACCUGUCGAAAGAGCAGCUCCUUACAUGCCCCAAGAAGAAGAGAGGCGCCCAACACAAAAGCCAGCAUUUACUACUCAUUUACAGGAUCUCAAUUUACAGGAAGGUGAUCGAGCAAAUUUUGACUGUCGUUUAAUUCCAAUAGGUGAUCCGACAAUGAAUAUUGAAUGGUUUGUCAAUGGUCGUCCCAUCGAGGCAGGUUCUCGAGUAAUGACUACAUACAGGUUUGGCUAUGUUGCCCUAACACUAUUACAUGUGUAUGCUGAAGAUUCGGGUGUAUAUAUGUGUCGUGCAACUAAUGAAGCUGGUGAAGCAACUACUACAGCUACAUUAAGAUGCACUGCACGAGUUGCAAUUGACAGAGAAGCUCAGCAUCCAGAAAGUAUAGAGGCUAUCCAACAUUUAGAAGAUUGGGAACAUUAUAAAAAGGAUGUUACAUUGGAGGAAACAGUAUCAGUACAAAAACCAGUCUUUAUAAAACCCCUACGUAACUUAGAAAAUUUGCAAGAGGGUGGUUUUGCUCAUUUUGAAGCACAGAUAACACCAGUUAAUGAUCCAACAAUGAAAAUAGAAUGGCUUUUCAAUGGACAACCCUUAACUGCAGGAAGUAGAAUCAGCACAAUAUUCAGUUUUGGCUAUGUAGCACUUAAUAUAUCAUACCUUAGAGCAGAAGAUUCUGGUUUGUAUGUAUGCAAAGCAACAAAUCAGAAAGGUGAAGCUAUGUCUACGGCUUCACUUAAAGUUAAAGUGUCAGGUUUCGUUGUGUCCGAUCUUGGUAUACCGGAACAAGAGAAAUAUAUUGAGAAGAUUCAGGAAUUAGAAUCCUACCAGUAUCAACAACGCCAUCAGUUUGUUGAGGUCGAUGCUGUCCCUCAACAAAAGCCUUCGUUCCGCACCCAGUUAAAUGAUCAAAAGAAUAUUCAACAAGGUAGAACUGCUCAUUUUGAAGCUAGAUUAGAACCAACUGGAGAUUCGACUAUGAGAGUUGAAUGGUUAAAAGAUGGAAAACCAUUAGAAGCAAGUUCAAGGAUUACAGCUUUCUUUAAUUUCGGUUAUGUAUCAUUAACGAUAAGAAAUGUGGACACAAGAGACAUUGGCACUUACACUUGUUGUGCUAUAAAUAGUAUGGGAACAGCAACCACAAAAGCAGUACUUACAUGUAUUACUAAAAAGAGUGUAGUUUUGGAAAGCCAAUACCCUGAAGGCCUGGAGAAGAUUCAGCAUCUUGAAGAUUACUCUCGGUAUCAACGAGAAACUUACGAAGAAACGACUUUUACGCAACGCCCUAGUUUCACUCAACCCCUUCAUUGUCAGGAACAUAUAGUGGAGGGACAGAGUGCACAUUUUGAAACUCGACUGGAGCCCAUGGGGGAUCCAUCCAUGACCGUUGAAUGGUAUUUCAAUGGGAAACCUUUAACAACAGGUCAUCGAUUUAAAACAUAUUUUGAUUUCGGAUACGUGGCAUUGGAUAUUCUGUACGUGUUCCGCGAAGAUACAGGAACAUUUACGGUUAAAGCUAAAAAUGCCAUGGGAGAAACUACUUUAUCUAAAUCAAUUACAGUCCAAGCUAAAAGCGAUGUUGAUACAUCGACUAUCCAUGAGAUUGGCAUGGAAAAAAUUGAAUAUUUGGAGAGAGCUCCAUUUCAAGAACCUCAGUAUAACAUUGAAGAAAUUUCUAAAAGCAAACCUCACUUCAUUAUACCUUUACACGAUCCUAAACCGGUUCGAGAAGGCGAUCGUAUACACAUGGAGUGCCGCCUAGAACCAAGCACGGAUCCAACAAUGAAGGUCGAAUGGUUCUUCAAUGGUAAACCACUAAUGAUUGGGCAUCGUUUCCAAACAUAUUACGAUUUUGGCUUCGUUGCCUUAGAUAUUUUAACGGCAUAUCCUGAAGAUACUGGUGAAUAUACAGUUAGAGCUACAAAUCAUCUUGGUUCAGCUCACACAAGCGCUUGUGUUAGAGUACAAGCAAGAUCAUCUAUUAUCUCUGAAACUCAACAUCCAGAAGGAUUAGAGAAAAUCCAACAUUUAGAGGAUGCAAGUCGCUUUCGCCGCGAUACUUAUGAAGAGACUGUCAUCACACAAAUACCAACAUUUACUAAAGCAUUACAUAAUAUUGAAACAAUUGAAGGAACAAACAUUCAUUUAGAAUGCAGGCUUACACCUGUUGGUGAUCCAAGCAUGAAGGUGGAAUGGUUUGUCAAUGGCUUACCCUUAAAAGUUGGUCACAGAUUCCGUCCUGCUCACGAAUUCGAUUACGUCGCACUUGACAUAUUGAGCAUAUAUGCAGAAGAUAGUGGCGUUUACACAUGUAAAGCAACUAACAGUUUAGGACAAGCAGUAACAUCUUGUUCUGUCAAAUGCAUAGCUAAGAGUGAAAUCAUAUUAGAAACUCAACAUCCUGAAGGUUUAGAAAAAAUACAGUAUCUUGAAGAUACAAGUCGUUACAGGAAAGAUGUCUGGGUUGAAGAAUCUGUUAAAAUUAGACCAAAAUUUGUAACAAAAUUAAAUAAUUUGGCUCUUCGUGAAGGUCAGUUAGCACAUUUUGAAUGCCGUCUAGAACCAAUUAAUGAUAAUACACUGAAAGUUGAGUGGUUCCAUAAUGGAAAAUCUUUGCCUGUCGGGCAUCGAUACCGUCCAUUCCAUGAUUUUGGUUAUGUAGCAUUGAAUAUCCUUUCUGUCGUACCAGAAGAUUCUGGCACAUAUACUUGUCGAGCUACGAAUAUAAUGGGCAGUGAAGAAAUCACGGCAACCCUAACAUGCCAAGGUAAAUCAUCUAUCAUAGUGGAAACUCAACAUCCAGAAGGAUUAGAAAAAAUCCAGCAACUGGAAGAUUACUCUAGAUAUACUCGACUCACGACCGAAGAAGAAGUAUGUCGACAGGCACCAGUUUUCACGAGUGCACCCCAGAGUAUCGAGAUAAAGGAAGGACAGAGGGCACACUUCGAAUGCCGUCUCAUUCCCGUGGGAGAUCCUAAGUUGAAAGUGGAAUGGUUUCACAAUGGCAUACACGUGAAAACUGGUACUCGAUUUGUCGAAACUUUGAGUUUCGGUUUUGUUGCUCUUGAUAUAAUGUGCACAUACCCAGAAGAUUCGGGAACAUAUACUUGCAAAGCCACAAAUGCUCUUGGAGAAGCAGUAGUGUCAGUUCAUCUCAAAUGCUACAGCAAGAGUUCAUUGAUUUUGGAAUCUCAGCAACCAGAAAGCUUAGAAAAGAUCCAAGCGUUAGAAGUUUCAGGAAAAUAUCGUAGAGAAGAGAUUGAAGAGAUCACCACUCAAGCACCAGUAUUCACACAGCCUAUGAGAAAUCUACAAUUAAUUGAAAAUAAGAGUGCUCACUUUGAAUGUCGUCUGAUACCCGUUGGUGAUCCUAAACUGAAAGUUGAAUGGUUCCAUAAUGGAAAACCAUUGAUGAAUGCCACUCGUGUAACAACUACCCAUGAUUUCGGUUUUGUUGCUCUCGACCUAUCUUACGUAAAAACAGAGGAUAGCGGCACUUACACAUGCAAAGCAAGAAAUGAAUUAGGAGAAGCAGUUUGUUCUGCUACUCUUGUUGUAAAAGCAACAAGUUCAUUGUUAAUGGAAACUCAACAUCCAGAAGGACUAGAGAAAAUCCAAUAUCUAGAGGAUACAAGUCGCUAUAAGAGAGAAGUCACCGAGGAGGGUCUGAUUACAUCCAAACCUAUUUUCAUUACACCUCUUACUGGUCGUGACAAGUUGAUUGAAGGACAAAGUAGUCAUUUAGAAUGCCGUGUCGAACCAUAUCCAGAUCCAACAAUGAAAAUAGAAUGGUUUUUCAAUGGAAAGCCAUUACAAACAGGUCAUAGAUUCCGCACUAGGUGUGAUUUUGGCUUCGUUGCUUUAGACAUAUUAACUGUCUAUGCAGAGGAUUCCGGAGAAUACAUGGUUAGAGCAACAAAUCAAGUAGGCACAGCAACAUCUAGUGCUAAGAUUACAGUAACUGCCAAAAAAUCCUUAAUUUUGGAGUCUCAGCAACCCGACAGUUUGCAAAAGAUAGAAUAUCUCGAAGGCAGCCGUUACAAACAGAUGACAGAACAGGAAAUAAUAUAUAAUCAAAAACCAGCUUUUGGAAGACCUCUCAACAACUUAGACAAUUUAAUAGAAAGUCAAAGCGCACAUUUGGAAGCUACACUUACUCCAACAAAUGAUCCAAACAUGAAAGUUGAGUGGUUCUUUAAUGGAAGACCUAUUCAACAAGGUCAUAGAUUCAAGACUACAUUCGAUUUUGGUUAUGUUGCAUUGGAUAUCAUGUAUGUGUAUUCUGAAGACAGUGGAACUUACAUGUGUAAGGCAACAAAUCUUGUAGGUGAAGCAGUCACAACAUGCUCCAUCCAGGUGAAAGCCAAGAGCACUAUAUACACAGAAACACUCCAUGAAGAAGGUUUAGAGAAAAUACGUAAAUUAGAGGAAACUUAUGUUGAAAAAGUAGAAGAACAACCAAUACUUAAACAGAGACCUGUGUUCAUUACUCCAUUAAACAGUUUGGAUAACAUAAAAGAAGGACAACCUGCCCAUUUAGAAUGUAGACUUCAACCAGUGAACGAUCCUAAUUUAAGAGUGGAGUGGUAUGUGAAUGGCAUUGAAAUUAAAACAGCUCAUCGUUUCCGUACAACUCACGAUUUUGGUUACGUGGCUUUGGACAUUCUUUAUUGUUAUCCUGAAGACAGUGGAACAUACAUGUGUAAAGCUGUGAACGAAUUAGGUGAAGCAGUAACUACAUGCACUAUAAAGGUUCAAGCACGCCGAAGUAUUUAUUAUGACACUCAGCAUCCUGAAGGUUUAGAAAAAAUAAGAGAAUUAGAAUGCCAAACAAGGUAUGAAACAAUUGAAAUUGAAGAAAGACCAAUUUGUAAACCAUACUUUACGACACAACUGCGUGGACUCACUGAACUAACAGAAGGUCAAAGUGCACAUCUAGAAUGUCAAGUAGAACCUGCUCAUGAUUCACAGCUAAAAAUAGAAUUCUUCCAUAAUGGAAGGCCAUUAGAAGCUGCUUCGAGAUUCCACAUCACCUUUGACUUUGGAUAUGUUGCUCUUGAUGUCAGCCACAUCCUUCCAGAAGAUGAAGGCACAUACACUGUCAAAGCCACAAACACGCUCGGAGAAGCCGUUAGCUCGAUCACAAUAAGAAUACACAGCAAGAGUGGUAUAAUAUCUGAAACCCAACAUCCUGAAGGUUUAGCUAAAAUACAAGCCUUAGAAGAGGAAACUGGAUAUAAACGAGAAGUUUAUAUUGAGCCAAGAACAUGUCAAAGGCCAGUUUUUACUGCACCUCUUCAGAAUCUUGACAACCUUAUAGAAGGACAGAGUGCACAUAUGGAAUGCCGUUUGAUCCCAGUUGGCGACCCUACAUUAAAAGUAGAAUGGUUUUUCAACAAUGAACCUCUUCAACCAGGGUCAAGAUUCCAAACUAUACAUGAUUUUGGCUAUGUUGCUCUGGAUAUCCAAUACGUAAGACCAGAUGAUACAGGAGUAUACAUGUGUAGAGCUUCCAAUGAAUUAGGAGAGGCAGUAACAACUGCAUCAAUUAAAGUGAAAUCCAAAGCUACAAUUGAGCUACAAACACAACAUCCAGAAGGUUUAGAGAAGAUUCAAAGAUUGGAGAGUGAUAAGGAAUAUCGUGGACCAGAAGCUCCAGAAACAGUAUAUGAGAAACCAGUCUUUACUAAACCAUUAACAGGACCAAGAGAACUUGUUGAAGGACAGGCUGGUCAUUUUGAAUGUUAUGUUAUACCUGUCGGUGAUCCUAAUUUAUAUCUCGAGUGGUAUGUCAAUGGAAUUGAAUUAAAAAUGGGAUCACGUUAUAAAGUAACACAUGAUUUUGGAAUGGUGAAUUUGGACAUUGCUUCGGUAAUUCCAGAAGAUUCUGGUAUAUACAUGUGCAAAGCCAUUAAUAAAGCAGGAGAAGCAGUUACAACAACAUCCUUGAAAGUUAAAGCUCGACAUAGUAUAUUGAGUGAAAGUCAAUACCCAGAAGCUUUUGAAAAGACUCGAAAGUUUGAAUAUGAUGCAGAACCCAAAAUUUCUGAAACUUGGGUUGAUAUCGUUCCACCAAGAGCACCUUUCUUCACUCAGCAUCUGACUAACAUUGAUAGAAUAAUGGAAGGACAGUACAUCCACUUAGAAGCAAGAGUUGAACCAACAAAUGAUGAGAAACUAAAGAUAGAAUGGUAUAAAAAUGGAAAACAAUUAAUUUUAGGUACACGCAUAAGAACAACUUUUGAUUUCGGAUAUGUAACAUUGGAUAUAAUUAGUGGUAGACCAGAUGAUUCUGGUAUCUAUACUUGUCGAGCUGUAAAUGAAGUUGGCGAAGCAAUUUCCACAUGUACCAUAAAAGUUGAAGGAAGAGAAAGUAUUCUUUUGGGAUCACAACAUCCUGAAAGUUUGCCUAAAAUCCAAGAAUUAGAAUCUGUUCAGUUGGUCCAUACUGAAUAUCCUGAGACUGAAUAUGAAGCUCCUGUGUUUAUUACACAUUUGAAUGAUUUAGAAUUAAGAGAAGGAGAAUCGGCACAUUUCGAAUGUCAAGUCGAACCUUCUAGAGAUCCAACACUUACCAUUGAGUUCUUGGUUAAUGGAAAAGUUUUACCAGCUGCUACCAAAUUUACUGUGAAAAAUGAUUUUGGAUUUAUUACCUUGGACAUAUCUUAUGUAAUCACGGAAGAUUCUGGUAUAUACACUUGCAGAGCAACAAAUAACAAAGGUCAAGCCGUCACCACAGGAUCGCUAAAAGUUCAUGGCAAAGAUGACAUCAUAUAUGCCACUCAACAUCCUAUGGGCCAAGAAGGAUUAUCAAAAGUUCGGGAAGUUGACCAAGCUUACAUGACAAAAUAUCAAGUACCGUAUGAAGAAGCAGAAAUUCAAUAUCCAAAACCAGUAUUUGUAGUGCCUCUUCAAGCCAAUUUCACAGUCAAUGAAGGAGAAGGAUUAAGAUUAGAAUGUAGAGUAGAACCUGCUGCUGAUCCAAAACUUGGCAUUGAGUGGUUCUUUAAUGGAAAACCACUUAGUUUGGGAUCACGUUUCAUGUUUACCAAUGACUUUGGGCAAGUGGUUAUGGACAUAUCGGAUCUUUGGCCUAGAGACUGUGGUGUAUACACUUGUCGGGCAUUUAACAAACAGGGAGAAGCUUUCACAACAACGACUAUUACAUGCAUCAGCAAAAGCACAAUUUAUGAAGGAACUCUUCAUCCAGAAGGUGAGAAAGGAUUGGAAAGUAUCCAGGUAUUAGAAGAAGCUUUAAUACGACAAGUAGAUGUAAUGGGUCCUGAAGAAGUCGGUCAACCACCAGUAUUUACUUCACGAUUUGAGAACUUAACAAAUCUAACAGAAGGAGACAUUGCACACUUUGAAGCUACAUUAACUCCUGCUGGUGACCAAACUAUGGUGGUAGAAUGGUUUUUCAAAGGAGAACCAUUAAAAGUAGGUCAUCGUAUCCGCACUGUUCAUGCCUUUGGCAUGGUAGUGUUGGAAAUCCUUGGCGUUUAUCCUGAAGAUACUGGUGAAUACACAUGUAGAGCCACUAACAAAUGGGGAUAUGCAGAAAUCACAGUAAAUCUAGAAUGUGUAGAUAUAUCCAGAGGACAGAAACCACGUUUCACAACUCAGUUACAGAGUUUGGUUGGACUGAAAGAAGGAGAGAGUGCUCAUUUUGAAUGCACAUUAAUUCCUGUUGGUGAUCCUCAUAUGAGAGUCGAAUGGUUCCACAAUGGACAACCACUCAGACACAGUUCUCGUAUUAAGACUCUAAGUGAUUUUGGAUAUGUUGUGAUGGAUAUAUCUUUCGUCCAUGUGGAAGACAGUGGAGAAUAUGUGUGUGUUGCCACUAACAAAUUUGGAUCUGAUACAACAAGAUGUAUCAUUGAAUGUUCUGGUCAUGGAAAGAUAUUUAGAGAAUCGUUACAGCCACAGAGUUUGGAAAAAAUUGCCAAGUUAGAAGGAUCAUACACCCAGUAUCGAAGCCAAAUUUCAGUAGAGGGCAUAAAUCAACCACCUAAAUUUGUUACACAAAUCCAGCCCUUGCCACACUUAGUUGAAGGUCAAAGUGCUCAUUUUGAAGCUCAGUUAACACCAAUAAACGAUCCUAACAUGAAAGUAGAAUGGUUCUUUAAUGGAAAACUUCUAAGCUCGGGCCAUCGAUUUAGAACAUUCCAUGAUUUUGGAAUUGUCAUUUUGGACCUUCUUUAUUGCUAUGCAGAAGAUAGUGGGGAAUAUAUGUGCAAAGCAACAAACAGACUGGGCACAGAUGUUACUAAAACAAGUUUAAUUUGUAAAUCAAAAAGUUCAAUCAUAUUAGACCCUCAAUUACCACCAGAAAUGGCAGGAGGAAAUGAAAGAAUCAUGCAGUUAGAGGAAUCAUUAUAUCGUUCUCGUAGAGAGUAUGUUGAUGAUCAGAGAAGAGAAGCACCGAGAUUCACAGUUCCUUUAGAAAAUCUGUCCAAUUUAAGAGAAGGUGAAAAUGCUCAUCUUGAAGCCAGACUUAUUCCAACAGAUGAUCCAGAACUGAAAGUGGAAUGGUUUAGAGAUGGAAAACCUUUACGAGCUGGUACUCGUAUUCGUCCCAUUCAUGAUUUUGGUUUUGUUGUCCUGGAGAUCAGUCCUGUAUAUCCAGAAGACAGCGGUUUAUAUUCUUGCAGAGCAACAAACAGAGUUGGUGAAGCCGUUACCACAUGUACUGUUAAAUGUGAAGGCAAAAGAAGCAUUAUUUUGGAAACCCAACUUCCUGAGGGAAUGGAAACUGGAAUUGAGAAAAUUGCCAAAUUUGAAGAAAUAUCAGACAAGAGAUUAGCGGAACAAUGGAUGGAUGUUGAUGUUUCUCAACCACCAAAAUUUCUCACGCCUAUAGAAGAUCAAACACUACCAGAAAAUGCUUUGGCUCACUUUGAAUGCAGACUCGUUCCUACUAACGAUCCAUCAAUGAGAGUGGAAUGGUUCCAUAAUGGCAAACCUCUCAUCACAGGUUCAAGAGUAAAAACUAUCAGCGAUUUUGGAUUUGUAAUUUUGGAAAUUGCUGGAGUUUACUCAAGAGAUUCAGGAACAUACACUUGUAAAGCAAUAAAUAAAAUUGGAGAAGCAACAGUAUCUGCUAAAUUAACAAUAAAAGUCAAACAAUCUGUAGUUAUGGAACCACAACUUCCCCAUGAAUGGCGAUCUGGAACUGAAAGUUUGCAGAAAUUAGAAGAAUCAAUGUAUCAGACAAAAGAGGUUAUAUACGAUGAAGGUGCAAAGAUGCCUCCACAUUUUAUUACUCAAAUACAAGACUUGGUUGAUAAGGUUGAAGGAGAUUCUGCAAGAUUUGAUUGUCGUUUGGAACCUGUUGGUGAUCCACAUAUGAAAGUUGAGUGGUUCUUAAAUGGCAAGCCUCUUACAACAGGCACUCGUGUACACACUGUUGAUGAUUUCGGUUUUGUUGUUCUUGAAAUUGAUUGGUUGUUCCCUCGUGAUUCUGGAGAAUACCUCUGUCGUGCCACUAACAAAUAUGGCUCUGAUACUACGAAAGCAGUUCUCAAAAUCAAAAGUAAGAGAGAUAUCAUUAUGGAUAGUCAACUUCCAGAAGGAAUGUCUGCAGAAAAACUCAGGGAUCUGGAAUAUCCACCAGCAUACGAAGCACCCAGUGAAGAAACACCUUUGCAACCUCCUCGUUUCAUAACACAGAUCCAACCACAAGAAAAUCUUCACGAAGGAGAUAGUGCACAUUUCGAGUGCAGAUUAGAACCGAUCAAUGAUCCAAAACUGAAGGUUGAAUGGUAUCAUAAUGGACAACCAUUGAGAUCAGGUCAUCGUUUCAAAACUACUCAUGAUUUUGGAUUUGUUGCUCUUGAUAUUCUUUAUGUAUAUGCUGAAGAUUCUGGUGAAUAUGUUGCAAGAGCUGUUAAUGAAUUAGGGGAGGAUACAACUAAAACAACAUUGAAAUGCAAAGGUAAACCACCAUUGAUUUAUGGAACACAACUGCCCAAAGAAAUGGAAAGUGGUGUGCAGAAAAUUGCAGAAAUGGAAGCAUCCUGGCAAAGAGUGGAAUAUCCAGAAGAUGUGCCACAAGAAAGAGCACCUCCAGUAUUUGUUAUGAAACCAGAGCCACAGAACGUUGUUGAAGGAGAGUGGGCCAAAUUCUGCUGCCGUGUAACCGGUUAUCCAAGACCACGUAUUAUGUGGGUUCUCAAUGGUAACACUGUCGUCACUGGAUCACGUUAUAAGUUAACAUAUGAUGGCAUAUACCACUUAGACAUACCAAAAGCUAGACAAUACGAUCAAGGUAAAGUAGAAGUCUAUGCCAGAAAUGCAGUCGGAGAGGCAUGCUGUUGGACAACAUUAGAAGUAAGACCACGACAUGAUGACUACCGACUCGUUUUGAAAAAUUCUCCGAGACCAUGGUAUGACAGUGAAAUUAGAUCUUACCAGCAUCAGCGUCAAGAAUGCGAACUGGAGGACGUAUUUGAAGAAAAGCUUACACCUGGUGGAACUCGUAUCGAUGUGUGGCACACACAGGAGAGCGAAGAAGGUGAUCAUAUCAAAGGAAAGAAAAGAUUAGAGGAGGAAGAACUUAAAAAACUUCAACCUGAAGUGAAACGUUAUAAAUCUGAAGCAAUCUAUUAUGAUGAAAAAACUGGUGAAAAACGAGUGGAACAACAAUCACAAGUACAGUAUAUGGCUAAGACAUAUGAAUCACAAAUUGACAGUAAAACAAUACAGUUUCCACAACCUCCUCCAACAUCUCCUGAAAGUACAGUUUAUGGUAAAGAAGUUCACGUUUCUAAACAAAAACAAACACAAAAGGAAGUUCAAGGUGAUUUAGAAAUAACCCGUCACACAACCGUAACAGAAACAGUGGAACAGGAACACAAAGGAAAAACAAAAGAAAGAAAAGUUGCUGGACCAGUUCCCGAAUCAAAACCACCAGUGUUCACCAAGAAAAUCCAACCAUGUAGAGUAUUUGAGGGUGAAUCUGGUAAAUUUGAAUGUAUAUUUACUGGAACACCGACUCCAAAUAUCACCUGGUUUAGAGAAAACUUCCCUAUCCAAAAUUCUAAAGAUUUCCAGAUUACUACAACUGAUAAGAAAUCUACUUUGGUCAUUCGUGAAGUAUACUUAGAAGACAGUGGUGUAUUCUCGGUGAAAGCAGAAAAUCGUGGUGGGUCAGCAAAGAGCUCUGCAAAUUUAGUUGUAGAAGAGAGAAAAGAACAAAAGAGAGGUGGAGUAGUACCACCAAGUUUCACUCGCACCAUUCAAAGCUGUUCAACAAAAUCUGGACAGCUGGUUCGCCUUGAUGCAAAAGUGAGCGGAUCAAAACCAUUUGAUGUCUAUUGGUUAAAGAAUGGAAAGAAAGUUGUUCCUGACAUUACACACAAAUUAUUAGAAGAAGACGAUCUUUAUACAAUGUUAAUAUUAGAAGCUGUCAAUGAAGAUGCAGGUUCAUACGAAUGUGUUGCUAUCAAUAAGGCUGGAGAAGCUCGUUGUCAAGCCAAUGUUAUUAUUGAAUCUCCAACUAAACCAAAAUCAGCUGCUUCUAAAGAUCAAGGAAAAGAAAGUAAAGUUCCUGAAGUUGUAGAUCCAUUGAAAGAUCUAACUGUAAAAGAGGGACAAUCUGCUGUGUUCCAGUGUAAAAUAUCAGGAACACCUGCACCCCAAGUCAAGUGGUACAGAGGAGACACUCUAGUCAAACAAUCUCGUUACUUCCGCAUGUCAACAGAAAAAGAUAUUUAUUCACUCCGUAUAUCAGAGGCCUUUCCCGAAGACGAAGGUGUAUAUAAGUGUGUAGCCUCAAAUUCUGCUGGCAUGAUUACAACAAGUGCAAAUUUAAAAGUUAUAGUGCCGGAAUCGACCGAAGUACCUCCCUCUCUAAAUCCACUGGCAGAUUUGAAAGUACCUGAAGGUACUCCAGCUAGGUUUGUAACAUCUGUAACAGGAACACCAACACCUAAAAUUACAUGGUACAGAGAAGGAGCAAUCAUAAAACCAACAAGAGAUUUCCAAAUGUUUCAAGAUGGUGGCUCUUGUUCAUUAGUCAUAAGGCAGACGUUUCCCGAAGAUGAAGGCAUUUACACAUGCCGUGCAACCAAUGCAAGUGGACAGGCUGAAACGUCGGCUCGUCUAACAGUUGAAAGAAAACCGACAGACGGUCAGAAAGUUCCUGCACGAGAGGGAACUCAAGAAAAGGUCCCAAAGCCUAAAGACGUGAAACCAAGUAAGCCGAGUGAAAAAAAGCCACCAACAGAAGCAGUGACACCACCGCGAUUUGUUAAAGAACUAAAGCCCAUAGUGUCCAAACCUGGUACAAAAGUUACUUUUGAAUGCCAAGCAGAAGGAAAUCCGGAACCAAAAUUAAUGUGGUAUUAUAAAAAUUCACCCAUUCAAUCGUCAAAAGAUUUCCGUAUUACUCACAAAAAAGACGGAGUGUCAACUUUGGAGAUCAAAAAAGCUUUACCCGGUGAUGCUGGAGUCUAUAAAUGCAAAGCAACUAAUCGAAUUGGUUCAGCAGUUACAGAAUCAACUCUGACAAUAAGAGAAACGGGUGAACCUCCCAAAUUCACAGUUCUACUAAAGCCAACUACUACAUGUGAAGGGAAGACGAUAACAUUAUCAUGUGUUGUAAAAGGAAAUCCAAAACCAGAAAUAACUUGGUAUCAUAACAAAGAAAAACUCCAGCCUUCCAGAGAUUUCCAAAUAACUCAUAAACCAGAAUCAGGUCUUGUGACUUUAACGAUACCAGAAGUAUUUCCAGAUGAUGAUGGUAUCUUUCAUUGUAAAGCUGUAAACUGUUUUGGAGAAGAUGAAACAUCAGCAAAACUCACUGUUACAGAAGAUAUUGUGAUAAUUGAAAAGACAGAUGUAUGUGAACGUCCUCGAUUUAUAAAGCCACUUCUUCCUAAAACUGCACCCGAAGGUGAACCAGUAGAAAUGUCAGUAGAAGCAACAGGUGUUCCUACACCUGCUUUAUCAUGGUUUCAUAACAAAACUCCAAUGAUAUCUUCACAUGACUUUCAAAUAACUACAGAUGAAGGAAAAUCAUCAUUAGUAAUUGCAGAAGUAUUUCCUGAUGAUGGAGGAAUGUAUGAAGUAGAUGCUGAAAACAUAGCUGGAACAGCAUCAACUAUUGCAACUUUAACAGUCAUUCCUGAACCAGAACAUGAAAAACCACAACCAGAACCACCAAUAUUUAUAAAACCUUUGGUUCCUCAAAUUGUUCCAGAAGGUGAACCAGCAAUUUUAGAUGUUGAAGUGAAAUCUGAACCAGAAGCCACAUUAACAUGGUUCUUUAACAAACGUCCUAUUAAACAUUCCGCCGAUUUUCGUAUUUCUACUGAAAACAAUCAUUCUUGUCUAGUUAUAACUGAAGUGUUUCAGGAUGAUGAUGGUGAAUAUACAUGUGUAGCAGAUAAUGAACAUGGUACAGCUUCAACAACAGCACCUUUAAAAGUUGAAGUUGAACCAGAAGAAGAUCUCCAACCACCAACAUUUACAGUUCCAUUGACCCCUGUAAAAGUAAUGGAUGGAGAAGAAGCUAAACUGUUCUGCUAUGUGACUGGUCAACCCAAACCUAAAAUUUCUUGGUAUCAUAAUGAGCAUGAAGUUAGAGAAAAUAAUGAUGUCUGGACGACUCAAAGAAAUGAUGGAUACUGUGAAUUAUUUAUAUCUGAAGUAUUUCCAGAAGAUAAGGGAGAAUAUAUUUGUAAUGCAGUUAAUAAAGCUGGUGAAGCAAUCACGAGAACAGAGCUUACAGUGGAAUCAUACGAAUACAUUCCCGAUUCGGAGAUUGCUUCUAUAAGUGUUGAUAAAACUUCACCAACAGCAAUUGAAACAGAUGGAACUUUUCCAAGUCUUUCAGAAGAAACAUCAGGAAGUCCUUUUGAAAUGCCAGAUUUAUCUGAAGAAGAAGUCUUUCCUGUACAAACCUCAACUACUACAGUUUCACUUGAGAAAAAACCAAGUGAUGUUGGUACAGCUCCCAAGUUUGUAAAACCUUUACAAAAAACAACAGUUUUACAAGGAAGACCUGUAAGAUUGGAAUGUAAAGUUACAGGAAUGCCUCGUCCAAAAAUCACUUGGUAUCGACAUGGUAAAGUUAUUAGACAUUCUCCUGAAAUGGAGAUAUGGUAUGAACCAACUGGUGUUUGUACUCUACAAAUUAUGGAAGUAAAUCCAGAUGAUACAGGAGAAUAUAUAUGUGAAGCACAUAACAGAAAUGGUGUUGAUGUAACGAUUGCAGAUUUGGUGGUUGAAGAAUAUACUCCAAAGAAACCUGAUUGGAUAGUUCAUGAAGAAACAAGGAAACGAGAAGCUGAGAAACCUCAACCACCUACAUUUAGAGCACCUCUUAGGGAUGUCUUUGCAAAAACUAUUGGAAGUUCAACAACGAUUGAAUGUAUAAUAAGUGGAAAUCCUAGACCACAAGUAACUUGGUAUUUUAAUGACCGGGAAAUAGAUGUGACAACAGGUCGUUAUCGAGUUACCUACUUAGAAGAUCGUAUUCUUCUGCAUAUUCUUCGAAUUGAUUAUGAUGUGGAAGGAAGAUAUACAUGCAAGGCGGUAAAUGAAAAUGGUGAACAAAUAUCAACUGCAUUCCUAUAUGUUGGAGAAUAUACUCCAAAGAAACCUGAUUGGAUAGUUCAUGAAGAAACAAGGAAACGAGAAGCUGAGAAACCUCAACCACCUACAUUUAGAGCACCUCUUAGGGAUGUCUUUGCAAAAACUAUUGGAAGUUCAACAACGAUUGAAUGUAUAAUAAGUGGAAAUCCUAGACCACAAGUAACUUGGUAUUUUAAUGACCGGGAAAUAGAUGUGACAACAGGUCGUUAUCGAGUUACCUACUUAGAAGAUCGUAUUCUUCUGCAUAUUCUUCGAAUUGAUUAUGAUGUGGAAGGAAGAUAUACAUGCAAGGCGGUAAAUGAAAAUGGUGAACAAAUAUCAACUGCAUUCCUAUAUGUUGGAGAGAAACCUCAACCACCUACAUUUAGAGCACCUCUUAGGGAUGUCUUUGCAAAAACUAUUGGAAGUUCAACAACGAUUGAAUGUAUAAUAAGUGGAAAUCCUAGACCACAAGUAACUUGGUAUUUUAAUGACCGGGAAAUAGAUGUGACAACAGAAUAUACUCCAAAGAAACCUGAUUGGAUAGUUCAUGAAGAAACAAGGAAACGAGAAGCUGAGAAACCUCAACCACCUACAUUUAGAGCACCUCUUAGGGAUGUCUUUGCAAAAACUAUUGGAAGUUCAACAACGAUUGAAUGUAUAAUAAGUGGAAAUCCUAGACCACAAGUAACUUGGUAUUUUAAUGACCGGGAAAUAGAUGUGACAACAGGUCGUUAUCGAGUUACCUACUUAGAAGAUCGUAUUCUUCUGCAUAUUCUUCGAAUUGAUUAUGAUGUGGAAGGAAGAUAUACAUGCAAGGCGGUAAAUGAAAAUGGUGAACAAAUAUCAACUGCAUUCCUAUAUGUUGGAGUUACUAGAGAAGAUUAUCUUUCUGGUAUAUGGACAAAAAUUAGACAGGAAGAAAUUGUACUAAGACCAGAAGAACCUAUUCAGGAAGAACCUGAAAAACCUCUCAUAAAUGGAAGUGAAAUCCAAUAUCCAGUACAGAAAAUAAUUAAACCUAAAGAAAAAACAAUAACACAGAAAACAGAAACAAGUACUUCAGAAUUAACAUUUGUUAAGCGAAAACCAAUUGUACAAAGACCUAAGCCUAAAGAAGAAGAACCUGAAAUAGUUUCAUUAAAACCUAUUCCUAGAAAAAUAAUUACAGUUGAAAGCAAAGAAAGGAAGCCGAUGACAGCAAAAAUUAUUGAUAAAGAACCAGAAAGAGAAACAGUGACAUUGAAACCAUUAAAACAGGAAGCGAGAGAAUUUAUCAUUGAAACUAUUGAAAAGAGAAGACGAGAUGUUUCCAUUGAGAGUAUUGAGAGAAAACCAGAACAAAAAGAUAUAGCAUUAAAGGAAAUAAUAAUUGGAGAGAAACCUCAGCCAGAAAGAGAAAUUACACUAGAAAGUAUAGAAAAACGAAAACAUGAAAUAACUAUUGAAAGUAUUGAGAAAAAGCCACAAACAGAAGAAAUGAUCAUUAAAACCAGAGAAAAGAAAAAACAAGAGCCAACUGAAACUGUUGAAAAGAAGAAAAAAAUUGUUCAAAAACCUAAAGAGAAAGAACCUGAAAGAGAACAAGUUAUAUUAAAACCCAUAAAAAGAAAAGAAGAGCCUAAGCCAAAAGAAGAAAAACCAGAAAAGAAACCAAGUAAAAAGAAACCUAAAGAAAAGAAACUGCAAAAAGAAGAAAUCCAAAAAUUACCCUUGGAAGAGAAAGUAGAACCAUUGCCAAUAUUCGAGAGAGAAGAAGAAACCGUAAGUAUUGAAAAAUCAACAAAAGAUAUUACUUUAAAAUCUAUAGAAAAGAAACCAAAGAAAGAAAAAGAAGUUGUAACACCAGUUUUGAAGAAACCUAAAGAUCAAGAAGUCACAAUAGAGAGUAUACAGAGAAAAACUCAAGAAGUAACAAUAGAGACAAUUGAAAGGAAACCAGAAGAGCCAAAGAAGGUAAUCUUAGAGAUUACUAAGAAAGAACCAGAAGAAAGAGAGAUUACUUUAGAAAGUAUUGAAAGAAGAGUACAAGAAGUUACAGUUGAGGCAAUUGAAAAGAAACCAGAAGAACCAAAGAAGGUAAUCCUAGAGAUUACUAAGAAAGAACCAGAGGAGAGGGAAAUUACUUUAGAAAGUAUUGAAAAACGACGACAUGAAAUUACAAUUGAAACUAUAGAGAAGAAACCUCAAAGAGAACAAAUUGUUAUUAAAACUAAAGAGAAAAAGCCAACAGAAAAAGAAGUUACUGAAAUAACAAGAGAAGAAGUGACAUUAAAACCUGUAAAAAGGAAACCUAUAGAGAAGAAACCUGUAAAAGAGGAAGUUGUAUUAAAGCCUAUACCAAGAAAAGCUGAAGAAGAAGAAAUCAUAACAGAAACUACAAGACAAGAAAUAACAUUAAAGAGUAUAGAAAAGAAGCCAAAGAAAGAAGAAGUUGUUUUAAAACCAGUAUUGAAGAAACCAAAAGAACAAGAGGUCACAAUUGAAAGUGUAGAGAGAAAGAAACAGGAGGUUACAAUUGAAACAAUAGAAAAGAAACCAGAGGAGCCAAAGAAAGUGAUAUUUGAACUUACUAAGAAAGAACCAGAAGAAAGAGAAAUCACAUUAGAGAGUAUAGAAAGGAGAAGGCAAGAAGUAACAAUUGAAACUAUAGAAAAGAAACCACAAAGAGAACAAAUUGUUAUUACAACCAAACCAAAAGAAGAAAUUACUACUGAAACAAUUGAAAAAGAGGAACAAGAAGUACAUCUUAAAAGUAUAAAAAAGAAACCAGAGAAGGAAGAAAUUACUAUAAAACCAACUGAAAGAAAAAGAGAAGAACAAGAAAUAACAAUAACUACAAUUGAGAAGAAACCAAAGAAGAAGGAGAUUGUAGAGAAAAAGAGAGAAAAACAAAUUAUUGAAAAAGUGAAAGAAGUUGAAGAAAUUGAUAUUGAACUUGAAACUAGAAAGAGACAACAAAUAGAAAUAGCUUCUACCAUAAAACCAUCAAUGCCAGAAUUGCAAACACUUCCAAAAAUGGUAGAAGAUAUCACAGAACAACUUAAAAUUAUUCCAAGUCAAACUCAAUCAGCAAUUCAGCACCUUACAACUACAGAACAUAUUUCUGUUACAGAAAUUACAGCUGAAUCUCAGGUUCAGCAAUUAGUUGUACCUGAUAUAGAGAAAAAGGUAAGUGCUCAAAUAAAAGUAUCCCCGCAACAGCCACUUACAAUAUCCGAAGUGAGAACAGAACAAAUUUCAGAAGAUUUUAAACAUAUUAAAACACAUGAUGUCCGAGCAGGUUUAACUAUAAGUACCGCUGAACAUAUAGCAGUAGCUGAAAUUGAAUCUCAGGAAGGAUUAGGGGAAUUUGCCAAAGAUCAAAUACCAGGAACAGUGAAAGCAAAGUCAUUAGUAAGUUCAGUACAACCAUUGACUAUUUCAGAAAUUACAACAGAACAGGAAGCUGGAGAUUUGAAGCCGAUACCUUUGCCUAAACCAAUGCAAGCAGAUAUUGCUAUAUCAGAAACAGAAUCAUUUCAAAUAUCAGAAAUUACUUCAGAAGAAAGACCUGGAAUAUUUGCCCCAGGAAAAUUACCUGGAGAAGUUAAAGCUGGAGUUAAAUUCACAACUAAGGAAUCAUUUGCAGUUUCUGAAAUAGCCACAGGAGAACAACCAGAAGAAUUCCUACCAGGAAGACUGCCAGGAGAAGUAAAAGCAAAAACAUUAAUCGAUACAAAACAAUCAGUAUCAAUUUCUGAAGUUACUACAGAACAAGAAACACAAGAAUUAGUUAUUAAACAGAAACCAAAGGAAGUAAGGGCAGUUCUAGGUGUUUCUGAAAUUGAAUCAUUUGAAGUAUCUGAAAUAACAUCUGAAGAAAGUCCAGGUACUUUUGCUCCUGGUAAAUUACCCGGUGAAGUAACAGCAGGAAUUAAAUUUACAACUAAGGAAUCAUUUUCUGUUUCGGAAAUUUCAGCUGGAGAGCAGCCUGAAGAAUUUUUACCAGGUACAUUACCUGGAGAGGUCAAAGCAAGAAGAGCAAUUGACACAAAGCAGUCCAUCUCAAUUUCUGAAGUAACAACUGAACAAGGCACAGAAGAAUUAAUAACCCUACAAAAACCAAAAGAAGUACAAGCAAAAAUAGGGGUGUCAGAAAUAGAAUCAUUUGAAAUAUCUGAAAUUACCUCUGAAGAAAGACCAGGUACAUUUGCUCCUGGUAAAUUACCUGGUGAAGUUACAGCAGGUGUGAAAUUCACCACCAAAGAAUCAUUCUUAGUUUCUGAAAUAUCUGCAGGUGAACACCCUGGAGAAUUUUUGCCAGGUACAUUACCUGGAGAAGUGAAAGCUAAAACCUUAAUUGAUACUAAGCAGUCCAUCUCAAUUUCUGAAGUAACAACAGAACAGGGUGCUGAAGAAUUAAUAAUUAAACAAAAGCCAAAGGAAGCUCAAGCAAUCGUAGGAGUGUCAGAAAUUGAAUCAUUUGAAAUAUCAGAAAUUACAUCUGAAGAACGACCAGGAACAUUUGCACCAGGCAGAUUACCUGGUGAAGUAACAGCAGGAAUUAAAUUUACAACUAAAGAAUCAUUUUCUGUUUCGGAAAUUUCAGCUGGAGAGCAGCCUGAAGAAUUUUUACCAGGUACAUUGCCAGGAGAGGUAAAAGCAAGAAGGGCAAUUGACACAAAGCAGUCCAUCUCAAUUUCUGAAGUAACAACAGAACAAGGUGCAGAAGAAUUAAUUAUUAAACAGAAACCAAAAGAAGCACAGGCAAAAAUAGGAGUAUCAGAAAUUGAAUCAUUUGAGAUAUCUGAAAUUACUUCAGAAGAAAGACCAGGCACUUUUGCACCAGGCAAAUUACCUGGAGAAGUUACGGCCGGAGUUAAAUUCACAACUAAGGAAUCAUUCUCUGUCUCUGAAAUAUCUGCAGGUGAACAUCCAGGAGAAUUCUUACCAGGUACCUUGCCAGGAGAGGUAAAAGCAAGAAGGGCAAUUGACACAAAGCAGUCAUUAUCAAUUUCUGAAGUCACAACUGAACAAGGUGCAGAAGAAUUAAUUAUUAAACAGAAACCAAAAGAAGCACAGGCAAAAAUAGGAGUAUCAGAAAUUGAAUCAUUUGAGAUAUCUGAAAUUACUUCAGAAGAAAGACCAGGCACUUUUGCACCAGGCAAAUUACCUGGAGAAGUUACGGCCGGAGUUAAAUUCACAACUAAGGAAUCAUUCUCUGUCUCUGAAAUAUCUGCAGGUGAACAUCCAGGAGAAUUCUUACCAGGAACAUUACCUGGUGAAGUUAAAGCUAAAACUUUAAUUGAUACUAAGCAAUCAAUUUCUAUUUCUGAAGUAACAACAGAACAGGGUGCUGAAGAACUAAUAAUUAAGCAAAAACCAAAAGAAGCUCAAGCAAUCAUAGGUGUUUCUGAAAUUGAAUCAUUUGAAGUAUCUGAAAUAACAUCUGAGGAAAGACCAGGUACUUUUGCUCCUGGUAAAUUACCUGGUGAAGUUACUGCAGGUAUAAAAUUUACAACUAAAGAAUCAUUCUCAGUCUCUGAAAUAUCUGCAGGAGAACAUCCAGGAGAAUUCUUGCCUGGAACUUUGCCAGGAGAAGUGAAGGCUAAAAGGGCUAUUGAUACUAAGCAAUCAAUAUCUAUUUCAGAAGUAACAACAGAACAAGGUGCAGAAGAAUUAAUAUUAAAACCAAAACCAAGAGAAGUCCAAGCAGUUAUUGGGCUUUCUGAAAUUGAAUCAUUUGAAAUAUCUGAAGUAACAUCUGAAGAGAGACCAGGAACUUUUGCUCCUGGUAAAUUACCUGGUGAAGUUACUGCAGGUAUAAAAUUUACAACUAAAGAAUCCUUCUCAGUGUCUGAAAUAUCUGCAGGUGAACAUCCAGGAGAAUUCUUGCCAGGAACAUUACCUGGAGAAGUGAAAGCUAAAACCUUAAUUGAUACUAAGCAGUCUAUCUCUAUUUCUGAAGUAACAACAGAACAAGGAGCAGAAGAAUUAAUAAUUAAGCAAAAACCAAAAGAAGCUCAAGCAAUCAUAGGUGUUUCUGAAAUUGAAUCAUUUGAAGUGUCUGAAAUAACAUCUGAAGAGAGACCAGGAACAUUUGCACCAGGCAGAUUACCUGGAGAAGUUACAGCUGGAGUUAAAUUUACGACAAAAGAAUCAUUCUCAGUCUCUGAAAUAUCUGCAGGUGAACAUCCUGGAGAAUUCUUACCAGGUACCUUGCCAGGAGAGGUAAAAGCAAGAAGGGCAAUUGACACAAAGCAGUCAUUAUCAAUAUCUGAAGUCACAACUGAACAAGGUGCAGAAGAAUUAAUAUUAAAACCAAAACCAAAAGAAGUCCAAGCAGUUAUUGGGCUUUCUGAAAUUGAAUCAUUUGAAGUAUCUGAAAUAACAUCUGAGGAAAGACCAGGUACUUUUGCUCCUGGUAAAUUACCUGGUGAAGUUACUGCAGGUAUAAAAUUUACAACUAAAGAAUCCUUCUCAGUGUCUGAAAUUUCAGCAGGAGAACAUCCUGGAGAAUUCAUGCCUGGAACAUUACCUGGAGAAGUGAAAGCUAAAACCUUAAUUGAUACUAAGCAGUCUAUCUCAAUUUCUGAAGUAACAACAGAACAGGGUGCUGAAGAAUUAAUAAUUAAGCAAAAACCAAAAGAAGCUCAAGCAAUCAUAGGCAUUUCUGAAAUUGAGUCAUUUGAGGUAUCUGAAAUUACCUCUGAGGAAAGACCAGGUACUUUUGCUCCUGGUAAAUUACCUGGUGAAGUUACUGCAGGUAUAAAAUUUACAACUAAGGAAUCCUUCUCAGUUUCUGAAAUUUCAGCAGGAGAGCAUCCAGGAGAAUUCUUGCCUGGAACUUUGCCAGGAGAAGUGAAAGCUAAAAGAACAAUUGAUACUAAACAAUCAAUAUCUAUUUCUGAAGUAACAACAGAACAGGGUGCAGAAGAAUUAAUAUUGAAACCAAAACCAAAAGAAGUCCAAGCAGUUAUUGGACUUUCUGAAAUUGAAUCAUUUGAAAUAUCUGAAAUAACAUCAGAAGAAAGACCAGGAACAUUUGCACCUGGAAAAUUACCAGGAGAAGUUACAGCAGGAGUAAAAUUCACUACUAUGGAAUCAUUUUCUGUUUCUGAAAUAUCUGCUGGAGAACAUCCAGGAGAAUUUCUACCAGGAACAUUACCAGGAGAAGUAAAAGCCAAGACAUUAAUUGAUACCAAACAGUCAAUAUCAAUUUCUGAAGUUACUGCAGAACAAGGAGCAGAAGAAUUGAUAAUUAAACAAAAACCAAAAGAAGUCCAGGCAUUUAUUGGACUUUCUGAAAUUGAAUCAUAUGAAGUCUCUGAAGUAACUUCUGAAGAAAGACCAGGAACAUUUGCACCUGGAAAAUUACCAGGAGAAGUUACAGCAGGAGUAAAAUUCACUACUAUGGAAUCAUUUUCAGUUUCUGAAAUAUCUGCAGGAGAGCAUCCAGGUGAAUUUUUACCAGGUACAUUACCUGGAGAAGUCAAAGCAAAACAAUCAAUUGAUACUAGGCAAUCGAUAUCAAUAUCUGAAGUUACUCCACAACAAGGUGCAGAAGAUUUAGUAAUAAAACCAAAACCAAAAGAAGUCCAAGCAAUUAUUGGUCUUUCUGAAAUUGAAUCAUAUGAAGUCUCUGAAGUAACUUCUGAAGAAAGACCUGGCACCUUUGCUCCUGGUAAGUUACCUGGAGAGGUUACAGCAGGAGUGAAAUUCACUACUAUGGAAUCAUUUUCAGUUUCUGAAAUAUCUGCAGGAGAACAUCCAGGUGAAUUUUUACCAGGUACAUUGCCAGGUGAAGUUAAAGCUAAAACAUUAAUUGAUACUAAACAAUCAGUAUCAGUAUCUGAAGUAACAACAGAACAAGGAGCAGAAGAAUUAAUAAUUAAGCAGAAACCCAAAGCAGCACAAGCAACUAUUGGCCUUUCUGAAAUAGAAUCAUUUGAAGUAUCAGAAAUAACAUCUGAAGAAAGACCAGGUAUCUUUACCCCAGGAAAGUUACCUGGAGAAGUUACAGUAGGAAUUCAAUGGAUGGCAAAAGAAUCACUUUCUGUUUGUGAAGUUUCAGCAGCACAUGCACCAGGUGAAUUUAUUCCUUCUAAAAAACCAGAUGCAGUUACAGCUUUAUUAAAUAUAACUCCCAAACAAUCAUUUACUGUAUCAGAAAUAACUCCAUCUCAAACUUCUAAAGAAUUUAAAACAAAGGAGGCACCUCUUAGUCAUCAAGCUAAAGAAAUAUGGACUCCUAAAAAAUCUAUAUCAAUAUCAGAGGUUAUUUCUGAAGUAGUAGCAGAAGAGUUAAAACUUAUGGAAAAACCUGAACCAAAGAAAUUAACAUAUGAAAUUGCUAGUCAAGAAACUAUUGGUGUCUCUGAAGUAACUCUUCAAGAUCAAUUUGAUACACUUAAACCUAAAGAUAAACCAGCUGAGGAAAAAGCUGAUGUAAACAUAUCUUCACAUCAAUCUGUAGCAGUAUCAGAAAUUUUAAGUGAGUUGCAACCAACAGACUUUAUACCAGAACGUGCUGUUGAAAUAAAAGCAAAAUCAAAAAUUAUGUCAAGAGAAUCUGUAGCAGUUUCAGAAGUAAUGUCAGAAAUGAAAGCUGAAGAAUUUACAAGUGCACAAUUACCUGGAUCUGUUACUGCUAGAGUUGGCUAUUCCACAAAAGAAUCAUAUAUAGUUGAAGAAGUAUUGUUAGAAGAAAAAUCCAAAGAUUUAAUAUCUGAUAAAAAACCAACGGAAAAGCAAGCAUCACUAGCUAUAACACCCAGGGAACAUGUUAAUGUAUCCAUUACAACAUUAGCAGACAUUCCAGAUGAACUUGUAUCUGACAAGAAACCAGCUCAAGAACAGGCUAAUGUUUCCAUUACAGCAAUUGAAUCAAUUACAGUUUCAGAAAUAUCAUCUGAAAUGAAACCUUCUGAAUUUUUAUCUCCAUUAGCUCCAAAAGAAACUACUGCUCAAAUUUCAUUUGCUUCUCAUGAACCAUUAAUAAUUUCAGAAACAACUGAAAUCAGCAAAUCAAAAGAAUUCAUACCUGGCAAACUUCCAUUUGAAACAAAUGCAAAAGUAAAUUUCAUUCCAAGGGAGCAUAUGGCUAUUUCUGAUGUCGUAACAGAAGCAAUGACUGGUGAAUUAUUACAAGCCAAGCCAGAUACACUACAGCAGGCUGUGAUAAAUCUGGUUUCUCAACAAUCAGUAAGUAUUGAGCAAACAUUAACUGAAGAGAAAGCAAAAGAAUUUCUCCCUCAUGAAUUACCUGGGACUCAAACUGCCGAGAUGACAAUAUCUUCUAAUAUAGCGACCGAAAUUUCGGAAAUUACAGCUUCAGAUCAAAUAAAAGACUUGAAAACUGAAGAUAUUGCUGGUUCUAAAACUGCUACUUUAGGAAUAUCAGAAAUACUCUCUGUGCAGUUAUGUUUUCUUUUUUCCUACAAAAAAAAGCAGGCUGUGAUAAAUCUGGUUUCUCAACAAUCAGUAAGUAUUGAGCAAACAUUAACUGAAGAGAAAGCAAAAGAAUUUCUCCCUCAUGAAUUACCUGGGACUCAAACUGCCGAGAUGACAAUAUCUUCUAAUAUAGCGACCGAAAUUUCGGAAAUUACAGCUUCAGAUCAAAUAAAAGACUUGAAAACUGAAGAUAUUGCUGGUUCUAAAACUGCUACUUUAGGAAUAUCAGAAAUACUCUCUGUGCAGGUGUCUCAAGUAACACCUGAGCAUGGACUGGGUGAGCUAAAAGAAAUUAAACCCUUGGAACUCAAAGCAAAAGAAACGUCGAUUAGUGAGUUACCUAGGGCUCAGGCAAGCGAAGUCACUGAACUUAUUGUGGAACAGCCAGUGAGCGAAGUUAAAGGUGUUACCAAAGAAGUAGAAACUACUGAAUUGGUGAAAGAAGAAACAACUUUUCAUCUCAAAGAAGGUUGGCAUGACUUACAGCAUGAAUGGAUUUCUACUUCAAAGCAAUAUAAUCAGAUGAGAUUCCUUUCAUUGCUGCAAAUUAAAACUAUUAGUUUAACAUUAUCAAAACUUAUAAAAAUUUAUAUAUUAUAUAAUUUAUAUAUUAAAGNGAAGAAGCCUGAAGUUACUGAAGUGACAGAAAUAAUUAAAAGACCAGAAGAAGAAAUUGUGGAAGAAGAAAUCACUGAAAUUGAAAUCACUAGAAAGAAAAGGCCAGAAGAGAAGGUAGAAAUAGAAUUCAUCACAGAGAAACCUGAAAAGAUUGAAAAAGAAACAGCUGAAAUUGAAAUUACCAGAAAGAAGAAACCGAAAAAGAAACCAGAAGAAGUUGUAGAAGAAGAAAUCACUGAAAUUGAAAUCACUAGAAAGAAAAAGCCAGAAGAGAAGGUGGAGAUAGAAUUCAUCCCAGAGAAACCUGAAAAGAUUGAAAAAGAAACUGCUGAAAUUGAAAUUACCAAAAAGAAGAAACCAAAGAAGAAGCCUGAAGUUACUGAAGUGACAGAAAUAAUUAAGAAACCAGAAGAAGAGAUUGUAGAAGAAGAAAUUACAGAAAUUGAAAUCACUAGAAAGAAAAAGCCAGAAGAGAAAGUGGAGAUAGAAUUCAUCACAGAGAAACCUGAAAAGAUUGAAAAAGAAACUGCUGAAAUUGAAAUUACCAGAAAAAAGAAACCAAAGAAGCCUGAAGUUACUGAAGUGACAGAAAUAAUUAAGAAACCAGAAGAGGAGGUUAUUGAAGAAGAAAUCACAGAAAUUGAAAUCACUAAAAAGAAAAAGCCAGAAAAAAAGGUGGAGAUAGAAUUCAUCCCAGAGAAACCUGAAAAGGUUGAAAAAGAAACUGCUGAAAUUGAACUUAAGCCUAAAAAGAAAAAACCAAAGAAAAAACCUGAAGUUACUGAAGUGACAGAAAUAAUUAAAAAACCAGAAGAAGAGAUUGUAGAAGAAGAAAUUACAGAAAUUGAAAUCACUAGAAAGAAAAAGCCAGAAGAAAAGUUGGAGAUAGAAUUCAUCCCAGAGAAACCUGAAAAGAUUGAGAAAGAAACAGCUGAAAUUGAAGUUAAGCCUAAAAAGAAAAAGCCAAAGAAAAAACCUGAAGUUACUGAAGUGACAGAAAUAAUUAAAAAACCAGAAGAAGAAAUUGUGGAAGAAGAAAUCACUGAAAUUGAAAUCACUAGAAAGAAAAGGCCAGAAGAGAAGAUAGAAAUAGAAUUCAUCCCAGAGAAACCUGAAAAGAUUGAAAAAGAAACAGCUGAAAUUGAAAUUACCAGAAAGAAGAAACCAAAGAAGAAGCCUGAAGUUACUGAAGUGACAGAAAUAAUUAAAAGACCNGCUUUUAUUACCUUUUUUUUAUACACUAGAAUUAUAGAAGAUGAGUUUGAAGUCACGGAAGAGACAGAAAAAGUAUCUCGAGCUAAAAUGUCACUACACAGAAAGCCAAUAAAGAAGACCAAAAUUAAAAAAGAAACCAUUUCUCAGGUUGAAAUUCAACCCACAACAAUUGAAAAGGAAAUAACUAUAACUAGUACUACUAAAAAACAACCAGAGGGUUACUUUGUUGAAAAAGAAGAACAGCCCGAGACCAAACGUAUCAUAACAACAGAAUCAAUUGAAAAACCUGAAGAUAUAGAAAUUAUAUUAGGAAAACGAAAGAUUGAUGUACAGACAAAAGUCAGGCGAGAUAAAGUAAUCACAAUUGAAGAAAUUGGAUUUACACAAAAAGAAACUACUAAUAUUGAGAGUAAACCAAAAAAGCCAGAUUAUAUAGAAAUAACAGAAAUGGAAGUACCUAAAGAUGAAAAGCCAGCAAUUUCAGAAUAUGUGGUAGAAUUUCCAGAAGAUGAAAUUAAAACUGAAGAAAAAGAAGAAAUUGUGGAAAUAAUAGAAAAGCCUGAAAUUACAAUAGAUGUAACAAGUAAGGAAAGACCAAAACAAAAAACAGAAAUUGAAUUAAUUCCAAUAAAACCAGAAAAGAUUGAAAAAGAAACUGCUGAAAUUGAACUUAAGCCCAAAAAGAAAAAGCCAAAGAAAAAACCUGAAGUUACUGAAGUGACAGAAAUAAUUAAAAAACCAGAAGAAGAGAUUGUGGAAGAAGAAAUCACUGAAAUUGAAAUCACUAGAAAGAAAAAGCCAGAAGAAAAGGUGGAGAUAGAAUUCAUCACAGAGAAACCUGAAAAGGUUGAAAAAGAAACAACUGAAAUUGAACUUAAACCAAAAAAGAAAAAACCAAAGAAGAAACCUGAAGAGGAAGAAGUAGUUAUUGAAGAAAUCACAACAAUCACAGAAAAGAAAAUAUCUGAAAAAGAAGAAAUCAUAACAACACCAGAAAAGAAAAUUAGAAAGAAAAAAGAAGUUACUAAAGAAGAAAUUUUAUUAACUGAUAUUCCUAAAACAGAAAUUGAAUCAUUAUUACCAAUAAGUGAAAUUGUUGAAGAACUUGUCCCAGAAACAUUUCCAGAAAAAGUGCAAGCAAUUCUUUCUAUUGUACCACAGCAGCCUCUUUCCAUUUCUUUCAUAAAGCCACAACAACAUGAAACUGAAUCAAUGCCAUUUGUACCUUUAUCCAAACAAGCUAAACCCUCUUUUCAUCCAGAAAAUGCUGUAAUUAUAUCAGAGGUCAUUCCGCAAUCGAAAGAAACAGAAUUAAUAUCAAAAGAAAAGGUUUAUGAGGGUAAAGCAAGAGUUAUGGUUUCUGAACAUGAAUCCUUCUUGGUAUCUGAAGUGGAAAGCUCAUUUAAGGAAGAAGAACUUAAAACAUUGAAAUAUGAUAAACAUCAGGCUAGUUUAGUGAUGAUUCCCAAAUUACCUCUUGUUAUUGAAGAAACAGAAAUAUCAUCAUCUCCUUCAGAAAUAAAGCAUAAACUUCCAGCAUCUCAGCAGCUGCAAUAUUAUAUAUAUCCACAUCAAUCUGUUAUAAUAGAAGAAAUUAAUACAGAAGGAAAAGAAGAUACUCUAAUCUCUAAAGUUUUGCCUGAUAAAAAACAGAUUGAACCAACUGUAGCAUCACAUGAAACAUUGAUGGUAACAGAAGUUCAUGCAGAAACUCAACCUUCUGAAUUACUUAUUAAGAAACCUACUUCUGAAAUAGCUCAACCUCAUAUGAUACCACAUGAAGCAAUGACUGUUUAUGAAAUAAAUAGUAAAAUAAAGGAAGAUAUUUUAAAACCAAUGGAAUAUGAAACAAAAGGUGCCAUCACAUCUUUUCAUACAACUGAAAGUGUGCUUAUUUCAGAAGUAUAUACAGAAGACAAAGAAGAUGUACUAAAAGCAGAAUUUAUCCCAGAAGAAAAAUCUGCUGAAAGAGUUAUUGGGGAUCUUAAAUCUGUUAUAGUAAAUGAAAUAAAUACUUUAGGCAUAACAGAAGAAUUAGAAACUGCAAUACCCAAGGAACAUAUUCCUACUAUAAAUGUUGCAACAGCACAAUCAAUUUCUAUUACAGAAAUCAAUACAGAAAUGCAAGAAACUGAAAUGAAACCAUUUAUUCGUCCACAAGGAAGAAAUCUCAAACUUGAAGUAACUCCAAUAGAAGCAAUGGAAAUCAUAGAGGUAGAAACACAUGAUAAAGAAGGUGCAGUUAAAGAUAUUUUGCCUGAAAAAUCAGAAAGUACACUGAGUUUUAUUGAAAAAGAAGCUGUUAAAAUAAUACAAGUUGAAACAGGCCAAAAAGAAGAUGAAUUACUUCCUGAUAUGAUUCCAGACAAAAAGAAUGCUUUAUCAUCUAUUUUGGCUACAGAAGCAUUAACUAUUGAAGAACUAAAUGUGUCUCAACAAGAAAAUAUAUUAGAAGUUGAUGAAUUACCAAAAGGAGUAAAAGCUGCUCCUAUUCAUCCAUCAAAAUUAGCGAUAACCAUUUGUGAAAUAGAAACUGCAAUAUUUGAGGAUGAAUUGAAAGAAGAGAAAACUAUUUCUAGUCAAGCAAAAUCAUCAAUUAUUCCUGAACAAGCAAUUAUUAUAGAAGAAAUAGAAGCUAGUUCAAAAGAAGGAAUCAUGCCUGAAGAAAAAGUUCCCUUUUCUGCUAAAGCUGAAUCUGAAUUUAUUUCUACACAAGCUGUUGGUGUAGAGAUACUUGAAACUGCAAUUAGAGAAUCAGAAUUAAAAAUUAUUAAACCUGUAAGAGAAGAUGCUGAAAUUUCUUUUCAAACUUCAGAUUCUGUCAUUAUUAGUGAAACUACUGUUCAAGGUACUGAAGCAGAGUUAGAAUCUUCAAUUCCUAAGCCUAUUAUUGCUCAAAUGCAAUUUUAUCCUAAAGAAGCUCUGACUAUUGAGGAAACUGAAAGUAAUUUCAAAGAAGGAUCUAUGAAAGAAAUGAAAACAAUAUUAAGUAAGGCAGUGCCUACUCUUCCAGAAAGUAAAGCAAUUGUUAUUUCUGAAACUGAAAUUAUUGAUAAAGAAGAAGAAUUUAAAAGCAAGACACUUCCUGAAACAAGGAAAGCUCAACCUGACGUAUGUACUGAAGAAGCUAUAACCAUAUCUGAGACAGAAGUUAAAUGGAAAGAAGAGACUUUAGUUUGUGAUAUACCUAAAACAAAGAUGGCAGAUGUCAGUCUCAUAGCCAAACAAGCAAUAGAAGUAACUGAAGCUGAAACACAUUUGAAAGAAGGAAAAUUACAUUUGAAAGAGCUACCAAUAGAGAAUAAAGCUACUCAUGUAUUUUCAGAACAAACAGCAUUAGAAAUAACAUCUAGUGAAUCUGGCAUUAAAGAAGGAGAAUAUGUCCCUGAAAUUCAACCUGAAAGCAAAGUAGCACAAUAUCAAACUGUUUUGCAGCCUGUUCAAGCAUUGAAUGUCACAGAGACCCAAACAGCAACUCUGGAAGAAAUUCAUAAAACUGAAAUUCCUGAAGAGAAACAAGCAGCUCUUACUUUCACUGAAUUUAAAGCAAUGACUAUAGAAGAAAUAGAAACAGUUGACAGUGAAGAAUUAUUUAAAAAAGCUAAAUCUCCAGAAAAGAAACAUGGAUUAAUAACACUGUCAACAGAAGAAGCUCUAUUGAUUACUGAAACAGAAAGCCAAUCAACUGAGGAAGAAUUGAAUGUAGUUGUGCCACAAAGUCAAACUGCUCAACCAACAUUAUUACCUAUCAUUGCUCUUUCUGUUACACAAACUGAAACAGCUUUGAUAGAGAAAAGAUUAAGUCCAGAAAAAGCAACAGAACAAAAAGUGAAAAUUUCAUUACCAACUUAUGAAGCAUUAGAGAUAAGUCAAACAGAAGUAGGAGAUAUUGAGAAGAAUUUAGAAGAGGAUAUUAAGCCUGAACAACAGAAAGCCAAAACAUUAAUAGGAACAGAGAAGGCUGUAGAAAUUCAAGAAACUGAAUUAAUGGAUUCAAGUGAAUUAUUAAAACAUAAAGAAAAGCCUGACUCACAUUUUGCAAAGUCAGAUAUUUCACCAGAAAAAUCAAUUAUAGUUACACAAACUGUUGUGACUGAUGUCAGCAAGGAGGGAAUUGAUCAGUUAUCAUAUACAACAGAUAAAGCAGACAUAGAAUUUCAAGAAUACAAACCUAUUUCAGUAUGUGAAGUUAAACCAGGCGAUAUAGAAGAAAAGUUGGCACCUUUUAUUCUUCCAGGAACCAAGAAAGCUACAGAAUUAAUAUGUAAAACUGAAGCAGUAGAAAUUAGCGAAACUCAAACUGAAGAAAGUGAAGAAAGCUUAAAACUACAUAAAUUACCUAAAACAGUUAAACCUAAUGUUGAAUUAACUGAAUCUGAAGCUUAUCUUACUACAGAAACACAAGCAGAAAGUCAUACAUCUGAAUUUGAACAAUUUAUUCCUAAAACUGAUCAAACCACCAUUAGUUUCAUUACCAAUCAACCUUUAACAAUAGCUGAAACAGAAACUAUUUCUACAGAAAUGCCAUUUGAAUCACAAGAACUCAAACAACCUACUUAUGCACAAGAAGGAUUAACCAUUGAACAAUCCAUAAUUGUUUCUGAUGUUCAAGCAGAAAUUCAAGCAGAAAAAUUUACACCCGAAAAAGUAAAAGAGCAUUUGGCAAAACCAUUAUUAUCAUUAGGUGAACAUCUUACUGUUGAUGAAGUAAUUCUUGAAGAAGGAUUUAAAGAUAUUGAAAAGCCAACAACUAAAUCAGCAAAUAUACAUUUAAUACCACAAAUAUCAUAUGAUACUCAAGAAAUAUUUAGUGCUUUGAAAGAAGAAGAACUUUUACCUGAAAUAAUGCCUACAGGUAAAAAAGCUCAUCCUGCAGUUACACUUAAAGAAUCAUUCCAGAUUAGUGAAAUCUGUGCUAUAGAUAGAGAAAGUGAAUUUCAACCUGAGAAAUCUCAAGAUGAAAAAACAGCAAAACCAAUUCUCACUUCAAAAGAAGCUAUUACUGUGUCCCAGAUAGUUGCUGAACAACAGACAUCUGCAAUUAAAGACGAAAAAAUCAACAAAGCUCAUGCAGAUUUGAAUUUGUCAUCAUGUCAACCAUUGAUAAUUUCUCAAACAGACACUUUAAGUCAUGAAGAAGAAUUAAUUACUGAACAUGCACCCAAACGAUUUGUAACACCAAUUUUAUCACCUGAGCAAUCAAUAAUAAUAAAAGAAAUUCAACCAGCUAUAAAAGAAGAUAUUUUAGUAACAGAAAAACUGCCUACGACAAAAACAGCUAUUUGUUCAAUAUCUGAAUCAGAAUCUAUGAUUACAGAACAAAUAGUUGCAGGUAAUACUUAUGACAGCUUAAGACCUGAAGAAAUUAAAUCAGAACAGGCUGAUAUUACUUUGGUAACACAAGAAUCCACAAUAGUUUCUGAGGUUGAAACAAGUCAAAAAGAGGAUAGUUAUAUUCCAACAGAUAUUCCUUCAGGUCAUAAAGCAGUCAUAAGUGUUCCUUUUAAUGAGACUGCAAUAGUUUCAAAUAUUGAAACAGGUGAAGUAGAAGAUAUUUUACAUAUCAUUGAACAUCCUAAAGGUAAGCAUAUUUCACCAUUAAUUCUUUCAGACAAAGCUGUUAUUGUUGAAGAGACCACUGCUGCCAGCAAAGAAGAACAACUGAUGCCUGACAGACCUAUUCCACAUCAUAAAGCUGGCAUUCAUUUACUAACUCAAGAAGCUACUUUUGUUUCAGAAAUUACAGCUGAUAUAAAGGAAGAUGUAUGGAUUCCAGAAAAAUUUAUUACUCACAGAGCUAAAACUACUUUAUCUAGCAAAGAAGGUUUAUCUAUUCAGGAAAUAACAACAGGUGAAACUGAAGAUGAAUUAAUGGAAAUUGAUAAACCAAAAUCACAUAAAGCUAAGGCUAGUAUAUCUCCAGAAGAAGCACUUAUAGUAGGCUCAGUUGAAAGUGAAAUGGCACCUGCAUCAGUUGAAAUCAAAGACAUUCUUAAACAAAAGGCUGAUAUUAUAUUAGAAGUUAAUCAAUCAGUAUCUAUUUCAGAAACUGCUGCAGAAAUGAAGGAGCAAGAAUUAUUCCCAGAAGAGAAGCCAUCCAAGAAAGCCAAGGUUCUCCUCUCCGAACUUCAGUCUUUGGUUAUACAGGAUGUGACUAUUGGAGGAAUAUCAGAUGAAUUAAAGGAAGACACCUUUCCAAUUCUACAUACAGCUGAAAAGCAAAUGGUACUUCAAGAAUCAAUUAUAAUAGGUGAAACAGAAUCUGCAAUUAAAGAAAGUGAAUUCAUUCAUGAAUUGCCAACAACUCAAGAAGCUCGACCAAUAAUCCCAACUGUUCAAGCCUUACAAGUAUCUGAAGUAUCAUUAGGUGCAAGUGAAGAAGAAUUUAUAACUGAAAAGAGACCAAAUGUACAUCAUGCAGAUAUUACAAUUUCUGGAAAUGAACCCUUAAUAAUUUCUGAAAUUAGUACUGAAGAUAAGCCUGAAGAUCUUUCUGUAAAAGGUCCAGAAACUAAUAAAGCCAAAAUAUCUUUGUCUUCACAAGAAACUGUUCAAGUUACAGAGUUAUACACAACUGAAACAGAAGGAAUUCUUAAAGCUGAUAUUACUCCAGAACAAAAAUCAGCAACUACAAUUUUGCCAAUAGAAAAAUCAUUACAAAUUUCAGAAAUAACAGCUGCUAUUGGAUCAGGAGAUCUUGAAAUUACUCCUUUAGCAACUACAAAGGCAAGAAUUUCUUUCCCUGAACAAGAAAGUCUCCAAGUUUCUGAAAUAAAUGUUGGUAGUACAGAAAGUGAUCUUAUACCUGAAAAAUUACCAAAACAACAGAAAGUAUUGCCUGAAAUAUCACCUCAAGAAGCUCUUUGCAUCUCAGUUACUUCAUUAGCUGAUAAAGAAUCCACUUUCAAGACACCUGAAAUGCCUGCUGAAUUAACUGCUAAUAUUUCUAUAACUUCUAAAGGCCAUGUUGUGAUAUCAGAGACACAAAGCCAUAUAAAAGAAGGAGAAUUCAUUCCAGGAAAGCUUCCUCGACAAUUACAGGCUGAUAUGACAGUACCUUUAGAAGAACAUUUAGUAGUAUCUGAAGUUGAGAGUAAAGUUAGAGAAGAAUUAUUAAUAUUAAAGAAACCAACUGAAGCUAAAGCAGGAGUAGAAAUUCCAUGUAUAGAACAUUUAACAACAUCAAUAACAGAAACUAGUUUAAAGGAGGAAGAAUUCUUACCAGAUAAAUUACCAACAGAAGUUAAAAUUGAUUUUACAGUUCCUGUAGCAGAACAUAUUUUAGUAUCUGAGAUAGCAUUAGCAACCAAAGAAGGAAAAUUUGUUCCUAAAAAGAUUCCAUCAGGUACUACAGCUGACUUCACAAUUCCAACUGAAAAGCAUUUAACAAUAACUGAAGUAAAACCAAAUCUAAAAGAACAAGAGUUUGUACCAACAGAGAAACCACAAGAAUUUACAGCUGAAUUAACAGUUCCAACUGAACAGCAUGUUAUUGUAUCAGAAAUUGAGGCUCCAGUAACAGAAGGUGAAUUAAUGUUAGAUAAAAAGCCAAGAGAAUUGAAUCUAGAAAGUUCUCUGCUUACAGAUGAGUAUGUCACAGUAUCAGAAGUCCAAACUGAAGUUAAAGAAGGUGAAUUUAUUCCAUCAGAAAUUCCUGAUUCUUUCAAAGCUGGCUUAAAUGUUAUUGCUGAUCAAUCAAUAAUUAUAUCACAGGUUCAAUGUCAAGAAUUAGAAGGAAUGUUUGAAAAACAAAAAUUACCUCGAGAAAUGAAAGCAGAUCUUACUCUUACUGGUAAAGAACAUUUGAUUGUGUCUCAAGUUGACACUUCUCUAUCUGAAAAAGAACUACUCCCAGAUAAAGCACCAUUAAAGGAAUCUGCACAAUUUACUGUACCCACUGAAGAACAUGUAAUAAUAUCUGAAGUAACUACAGAAACUAAAGAAGAUGAAUUUAUACCAAAGAAAUUACCUCAAAAAAUUGUGGCUUCCUGUUCAGUACCAACUGAAGAACAUGUUACUAUAUCACAAGUGGAAACAGAACAGCGAGAAGAAAAAUUUAUUCCAGGAACAAUGCCAAAAGAAAUUACUGCUGGUUUUACUAUUCCUACUGAGGAAUCUUUAAUUAUUUAUGAAGUACAGUCUGAAGUAAAAGAAGGAGAAUAUACUCCAAAACAACUUCCAACAGCUUUUGAUGCAGAAGUAACUAUUCCUUGCAAAGAGCACACAAUUGUUUCUCAAAUUGAAACUAACCUUAAAGAAGAUGAUCUUCAACCAGACAAGUUUCCAGCAGAAGUUAAAGCAAAGAUGGAUUUCUCAACAGAAACUCCAAUAAUUGUAUCAUCUAUUCAAAUGCAUGAUAAAGAAGGAGAAUUUGUUGCUGGAAGAUUGCCCAAUGAAGUAACUGCUACGUCUGAUAUUCCAACCCAAGAUUAUUGUGUAGUUUCACAAGUUGAAACUGAAACAAGAGCUGGUGAAUUUUCUCCAGAAGAACUUCCAGCUACAACAACUGCUGGUUUAGCCAUUAGUACAACAGAGCAUAUCAUUGUUAGUCAAAUUCAGAGUGAAGUAAAAGAAGGUGAUUUUGUUGCAGGAAAAUUACCACUUACAUCUCAAGCAAAUAUUGCCUUAUCAAUGGAAGAACAUUUGCAAGUAUUAAAAGUAGAAAGUCAUAUUCGAGAAGGAGAACUUGCUACUCUUAAACUUCCAACAGAAUUAACAGCUAUGUAUACAAUACCCACUCAAGAACAUAUUACUGUCAGUGAAACUCAAAUUCAAACAAAAGAGGAGGAAUUAAUACCAGGAAAAAUACCUUCUACAGUAUCUGCUAAAGUAAAAAUACCUACAGAAAAACAUCUCACUGUAUCUCAGGUAGAAACAGAAAUUAAAGAAUCGGCUUUUGAUACUAAAGUCUUGCCAAGUGGCAUUCAAGCUAAUGUCACUAUACCUCUAGAAGAACACAUGAUUAUUUCACAAAUUGAAACACCACAGAAAGAGGGUGCUUUUGUACCAAAAAAACUACCUCAGGAUGUAAGUGCAGAAUUCACUAUUCCUACUGAGGAACAUAUUUUUAUAUCUGAAGUAGAAACAGAUGUUAAAGAAAAUGUAUUUAUUCCUGGUGAACUUCCAACUGCUUUACAAGCAGGAAUGGGAAUAUCUGUGGCAGAACACAUUAUUGUCUCAGAAACUGAAACAGAAAUAAAGGAAGACUAUCUAAAACCUGAAAAGAAACCUCAUGAAAUGAGUGCAACUGUAACAUUACCAACCUCAGAUCAUGUAUUAGUAUCACAAGUAGAUACAGUUAUAAAAGAAGGUAAAUUUGAACCUGGAAAAUUACCUGGAACAAUACAGGCAGAUGUAACAAUACCAAUGGAAGAGCAUUUAACAGUUUCUAUGACAGAAACUGAACAUAAAGAAGAAUUAUUAAAAGUAGAUACAAAACCUAAAGAAAUGACUGCUGGUUCAAGUAUGUUAACCCAAGAACCCUUAAUUGUUUCUAAGGUUCAAACUGAGAUUAAAGAAGGUGAUUUUAUUCCUGGGAAACUUCCAGUACAAGUACAGGCAGAUUUUACAAUAUCUAAAAAAGAUCACAUAAUUGUUUCUCAAACAGAGACCCAUCUCAAAGAAAAUGAAUUAGUAAUAGAUAAACUUCCUACAGAAGUCAGUGCACAAUAUUCAAUUCCAACUGAAGAACAUGUAACUGUUUCACAGACUGAGACAGUGAUAAAAGAAGGUAGUUUUAUACCUGGAAAACUGCCAAAAGAAACAAACCUUCAAUAUAGCAUUUUAACAGAAGAACACUUAAUAGUUUCAGAAGCUGAAAUUCAUGCUAAAGAAGGAGAAUACAUUGAGAAAAAGCCUACAGAAGAAACAGCUUCCUUUACUAUUCCCACAGAACAACACAUUGUUGUAGCUCAAGUAGAAACUGAAUCAAAAGAAGGAGAAUUUAAAGCAAAGAAACUUCCUGGAGAAAUUUCUGCUGACUUUACUGUUCCUACAGAAGAGCAUCUUGUUGUCACAGAAGCUGUAACCCAUCUUAAAGAAGAAGAAUUUUUGAUAGAUCAAAAAUUACCAGAAAUUGUAGCAAAAUAUACUAUUCCAACAACUCAACAUAUUACUAUUUCAGAAGUUCAGUCAGAAACAAAAGAAGGAGAAUUUUCACCUGAAAAACUUCCAAAACAAAUUGUGGCUCAAGUUACUAUUCCAACUGUAGAACACCUAGUUGUAUCAUCAGCAGUAGCAGGACAAAAGGAAGAAGAAUUUUUGGAAAGGAAAAAGCCUACUGAAUUUACAGUAGAACCAACUAUUGGCAUACAAGAACAUAUAAUGAUUAGUCAAACUGAAUCAGUUAUAAAAGAAGGAACCUUUGUACCAGGUGCUCUUCCAGAACAAAUAACUGCUGGAUUUUCUAUUCCAGUAGAGAAGCAUGUUACAGUUUCAAUGACAGAUGUCAAUGUCAAAGAAGGAGAAAUUUCACCUGCUAAACUUCCUAAAGAAAUUACUGCUGGCUUAGUUAUUCCUACUGAAGAAUAUCUUACAGUAUCUCAAGCAGAAACACAACUUAAGGAAGGAGAAUUUGUAUCACCAAAACGACCAACUGAAAUUCAAGCAGGUUCAACUGUUGAUGUCGAAGAACCUUUGGUUGUUAGCUUAGUAGAAACUGAAAUUAAAGAAGGAAAAUUUAUUCCAGGAAAACUUCCUGAAGAAAUUACAGCUGAAUUUACUCUUGGUACAGUGCAUCAUGUAUUAGUAUCAGAAACAGAAACAGAAAUAAAAGAAGGAGAAUUUAUUCCAGGAAAACUUCCAAAAUCCAUAACAGCAGAAAUGACAAUGCCAGUGGAAGAAACAGUUACAGUUUAUGCCACACAAUCAAUACAAAAAGAAGGGGAAUUUAUUCCUGGAAAACUUCCACAAUCUACUACAGCAGAAGUGACAAUGCCAGUUGAAGAAACCAUUACAGUCUUUGCGACAGAGACAGUACAGAAAGAAGGAGAAUUUAUUCCAGGAAAACUUCCAAAAUCCAUAACAGCAGAAGUGACAAUGCCAGUGGAAGAAACAGUUACAGUUUAUGCCACACAAUCAAUACAAAAAGAAGGGGAAUUUAUUCCUGGAAAACUUCCACAAUCUACUACAGCAGAAGUGACAAUGCCAGUAGAAGAAACCAUUACAGUCUUUGCGACAGAGACAGUACAGAAAGAAGGAGAAUUUAUUCCAGGAAAACUUCCAAAAUCCAUAACAGCAGAAGUGACAAUGCCAGUGGAAGAAACAGUUACAGUUUAUGCCACACAAUCAAUACAAAAAGAAGGGGAAUUUAUUCCUGGAAAACUUCCACAAUCUACUACAGCAGAAGUGACAAUGCCAGUAGAAGAAACCAUUACAGUCUUUGCGACAGAGACAGUACAGAAAGAAGGAGAAUUUAAAGAAAAACCAGAAGAGGCUGAAGAAGUAACCGUUACUCUAGAAAAGAAACCAAAGGAAAAACCCAAAGAAGAAGUGGAAGAAGUGACAGUGAAAAUUGAAAAGAAACCAGAAGAAAAAGUAGAGGAAGUAGUAGAAGAAAUUACAAUUAAAAAACUAAAAUCAGAAAAGGUUGAAGAAGUCAUCAUCGAAAAGAAACCAGAAAAGGCUGAAGAAGUUACCAUCAAAUUAGAAAAGAAACCCGAAGAAAAACCAAAAGAAGUAGAAGAAAAAAUUACACUAAAGAAGAAGAAAAAAGUAAAAGAAGUACCAGAAGAAAAACCAGAAGAGGCUGAAGAAGUAACCGUUACUCUAGAAAAGAAACCAAAGGAAAAACCCAAAGAAGAAGUAGAAGAAGUGACAGUGAAAAUUGAAAAGAAACCAGAAGAAAAAGUAGAGGAAGUAGUAGAAGAAAUUACAAUUAAAAAACUAAAAUCAGAAAAGGUUGAAGAAGUCAUCAUCGAAAAGAAACCAGAAAAGGCUGAAGAAGUUACCAUCAAAUUAGAAAAGAAACCCGAAGAAAAACCAAAAGAAGUAGAGGAAAAAAUUACAUUGAAGAAAAAGAAGAAAGUUGAAGAAGUCAUCAUCGAAAAGAAACCAGAAAAGGCUGAAGAAGUUACCAUCAAAUUAGAAAAGAAACCCGAAGAAAAACCAAAAGAAGUAGAGGAAAAAAUCACUUUGAAAAAGAAAAAGAAAGUAAAAGAAGUACCAGAAGAAAAACCAGAAGAGGCUGAAGAAGUAACAAUUACUCUAGAAAAGAAACCAAAAGAAAAACCCAAAGAAGAAGUGGAAGAAAUGACAGUGAAAAUUGAAAAGAAACCGGAAGAAAAAGUAGAGGAAGUAGUAGAAGAAAUUACAAUUAAGAAACUAAAACCAGAAAAGGUUGAAGAAGUAGUUAUUGAAAAGAAACCAGAAAAAGCUGAAGAAGUUACCAUCAAAUUAGAAAAGAAACCCGAAGAAAAACCAAAAGAAGUUGAAGAAGUAGUUAUUGAAAAGAAACCAGAAAAAGCUGAAGAAGUUACCAUCAAAUUAGAAAAGAAACCCGAAGAAAAACCAAAAGAAGUAGAGGAAAAAAUCACUUUGAAGAAAAAGAAGAAAGUAAAAGAAGUACCAGAAGAAAAACCAGAGGAAGCUGAAGAAGUAACUGUUACUCUAGAGAAGAAACCAAAGGAAAAACCUAAAGAAGAAGUGGAAGAAGUGACAGUGAAAAUUGAAAAGAAACCAGAAGAAACAGUAGAGGAAGUAGUAGAAGAAAUUACAAUUAAGAAACUAAAACCAGAAAAGAUUGAAGAAGUAGUUAUUGAAAAGAAACCAGAAAAAGCUGAAGAAGUUACCAUCAAAUUAGAAAAGAAACCCGAAGAAAAACCAAAAGAAGUAGAAGAAAAAAUUACAUUGAAGAAGAAGAAAAAAGUAAAAGAAGUACCAGAAGAAAAACCAGAGGAAGCUGAAGAAGUAACAUUUACUCUAGAAAAGAAGCCCAAGGAAAAACCCAAAGAAGAAGUGGAAGAGGUGACAGUGAAAAUUGAAAAGAAACCAGAAGAAAAAGUAGAGGAAGUAGUAGAAGAAAUUACAAUUAAGAAACUAAAACCAGAAAAAGUUGAAGAAGUCAUCAUCGAAAAGAAACCAGAAAAGGCUGAAGAAGUUACCAUCAAAUUAGAAAAGAAACCUGAAGAAAAACCAAAAGAAGUAGAGGAAAAAAUCACUUUAAAAAAGAAAAAGAAAGUAAAAGAAGUACCAGAAGAAAAACCAGAAGAGGCUGAAGAAGUAACAAUUACUCUAGAAAAGAAACCAAAAGAAAAGCCCAAAGAAGAAGUGGAAGAAGUGACAGUGAAAAUUGAAAAGAAACCAGAAGAAAAAGUAGAGGAAGUAGCAGAAGAAAUUACAAUUAAGAAACUAAAACCAGAAAAGGUUGAAGAAGUCAUCAUCGAAAAGAAACCAGAAAAGGCUGAAGAAGUUACCAUCAAAUUAGAAGAAAAACCAAAAGAAGUAGAGGAAAAAAUUACAUUGAAGAAGAAGAAAAAAGUAAAAGUACCAGAAGAAAAACCAGAAGAGGCUGAAGAAGUAACAAUUACUCUAGAAAAGAAACCAAAGGAGAAACCCAAAGAAGAAGUGGAAGAAGUAACAGUGAAAAUUGAAAAGAAACCAGAAGAAAAAGUAGAGGAAGUAGUAGAAGAGAUCACUAUCAAAGAAGUGAAAACAGAAAAAGUUAAAGAAAUUGUUAUUGAAAAGAAACCAGAAAAAGCUGAAGAAGUUACCAUCAAAUUAGAAAAGAAACCUGAAGAAAAACCUAAAGAAGAAGAAGUAACAAUUAAAUUAGAGAAAAAGCCAAAGGAAAAACCAAAAGAUGAAGAAAUUUCAAUUACAUUGAAGCCUAAACCAGAGGAGAAGGAAGAAGUAGAAGAAGUAAAAGUUAAACUUGAGAAAAAGCCCAAAAAGAAGGAAAAAGUUCUACCUGAAGAAAUUACAGAAGAAGUUUCAAUAAAAUUAGAAAAGAAGCCAGACAUUAAAGAACGGCAAGAGGUAGAAGAGGUCACUGUAACUGUAAAGAAGGAAGAAAAGCCAGAAGAAAUUGUUGAAGAAGUCACUAUUAUCAAGAAACCAGAAAAGAAACCUGAAGUAACUGAAGUGGAAGAAAAAGUUGUACUCAAAAAGAAAAAGAAAAAGCCAGUAAUAGAAGAGGAAAUUACAGAAGAAUUUAAAGUUACAUUAGAAGAGAAGGAAGAAGAGAAAGUAAUUACAGAAGAGGCAGUAGAAUUUGCUGUAAAGAUUCCAAAGGGAAAACCAGUUGAAGAAGUGCCAAUAGAAGAAACAUUUGCCAUAAAAUUAAAGAAAGAAGAAGAAAAGCCAGAGAAACCAGAAGAAAUAGAAGAAAAAUUUAUUAUCCCCAUCAAAAAGAAAGAAAAACCAAAAGAGGAAAAGGUGGAAGAAGUGGAGGAAACUGCAAAGAUUGUUCUUCCAGCUGAGGAACCAAAACCAAUAGUUGAAGAAGUAGCUGAAGAGGCUAAAAUUAUACUCAAGAAACCAGAAAAGAAACCAGAAAAAGUGGAAGAAAUCGAAGAAAAGGUUACGCUUAAAAAGAGAAAGAAGAAAUCUGUAACUGAAGAACAGAUAGCUGAAGAAUUCAAAAUCACAUUAGAAAAGAAAGAGGAGGAAAAAGUCAUAGAAGAAGAAACUGCUGAAUUUGCAAUCAAGAUUCCUAAAAAACCAGAAGAAGUACCCGUUGAAGAAGUAUUUGCUAUUAAGAAAGAGGAAGAAAAGCCUGAGAAACCUGAAGAUGUAGAAGAAAAAUUCAUUAUUCCCAUCAAAAAGAAAGAAAAACCAAAAGAAGAAAAGGUUGAAGAAGUUGAAGAGACUGCAAAGAUUGUUCUUCCUGCUGAAAAACCAAAACCAGUAGUUGAAGAAGUAGCUGAAGAGGCUAAAAUUAUUCUCAAGAAACCAGAAAAGAAACCAGAGAAAGUGGAAGAAAUCGAAGAAAAGGUUACGCUUAAAAAGAGAAAGAAGAAAUCUGUAACUGAAGAACAGAUAGCUGAAGAAUUCAAAAUCACAUUAGAAAAGAAAGAGGAGGAAAAAGUCAUAGAAGAAGAAACUGCUGAAUUUGCAAUCAAGAUUCCUAAAAAACCAGAAGAAGUACCCGUUGAAGAAGUAUUUGCUAUUAAGAAAGAGGAAGAAAAGCCUGAGAAACCUGAAGAUGUAGAAGAAAAAUUCAUUAUUCCCAUCAAAAAGAAAGAAAAACCAAAAGAAGAAAAGGUUGAAGAAGUUGAAGAGACUGCAAAGAUUGUUCUUCCUGCUGAAAAACCAAAACCAGUAGUUGAAGAAGUAGCUGAAGAGGCUAAAAUUAUUCUCAAGAAACCAGAAAAGAAACCAGAAAAAGUGGAAGAAAUCGAAGAAAAGGUUACGCUUAAAAAGAGAAAGAAGAAAUCUGUAACUGAAGAACAGAUAGCUGAAGAAUUCAAAAUCACAUUAGAAAAGAAAGAGGAGGAAAAAGUCAUAGAAGAAGAAACUGCUGAAUUUGCAAUCAAGAUUCCUAAAAAACCAGAAGAAGUACCCGUUGAAGAAGUAUUUGCUAUUAAGAAAGAGGAAGAAAAGCCUGAGAAACCUGAAGAUGUAGAAGAAAAAUUCAUUAUUCCCAUCAAAAAGAAAGAAAAACCAAAAGAAGAAAAGGUUGAAGAAGUUGAAGAGACUGCAAAGAUUGUUCUUCCUGCUGAAAAACCAAAACCAGUAGUUGAAGAAGUAGCUGAAGAGGCUAAAAUUAUUCUCAAGAAACCAGAAAAGAAACCAGAGAAAGUGGAAGAAAUCGAAGAAAAGGUUACGCUUAAAAAGAGAAAGAAGAAAUCUGUAACUGAGGAACAAAUUUCAGAAGAAUUCAAAAUUAAACUUCAAGAGAAAGAAGAAGAAAAGGUUGUAGAGGAAGAAACUGCUGAAUUUGCUAUUAAGGUUCCUAAAAAGAAACCAGAACCUAAAGAGGAAGCACCUGUGGAAGAAACAUUUGCCAUUAAAUUAAAGAAAGAAGAAGAAAAGCCAGAGAAACCUGAAGAUGUAGAAGAAAAAUUCAUUAUCCCUAUUAAAAAGAAAGAAAAACCAAAAGAAGAAAUUGAAGAAAGUGCAAAGAUUGUUCUUCCUGCUGAAAAACCAAAACCAGUAGUUGAAGAAGUAGCUGAAGAAGCUAAAAUUAUUCUCAGAAAACCAGAAAAGAAACCAGAGAAAGUGGAAGAAAUUGAAGAAAAGGUUACGCUUAAAAAGAGAAAGAAGAAAUCUGUAACUGAGGAACAGAUAACUGAAGAAUUCAAAAUUAAACUGGAAAAGAAAGAAGAAGAAAAGGUUAUAGAAGAAGAAACCGCUGAGUUUGCUAUCAAAGUUCCUAGAAAGAAACCAGAACGUAAAGAGGAAGAACCGGUGGAAGAAACAUUUGCUAUAAAAUUAAAGAAAGAGGAGGAAAAACCAGAAAAACCCGAGGAUGUAGAAGAAAAAUUCAUUAUUCCUAUCAAAAAGAAAGAAAAACCAAAAGAAAAGAAGGUUGAAGAAGUUGAAGAAAGUGCAAAGAUUGUUCUGCCUGCUGAGAAACCAAAACCAAAAGAAGAGGAAAUGUCAGAAGAAGCAAAGGUUAUAUUGAAAGUAGAAGAAAAAGGUUUGUAUAAUAUUGCAAAGAUUGUUCUUCCUGCUGAAAAACCAAAACCAGUAGUUGAAGAAGUAGCUGAAGAGGCUAAAAUUAUUCUCAAGAAACCAGAAAAGAAACCAGAGAAAGUGGAAGAAAUAUUGGAAGAAAUUGAAUAUGUUGCUAUUAAGACAUACAUAUCAGACAGAGAAGAUAGAAUGUCAGUUGUUGAAGGUGAAAGAGUGUUUGUUAUUGAAUGCACCGAAACAGAUUGGUGGUUUGUCAAGAAAACUCUCACACAAGAGACUGGUCUAGUUCCAUCCAAUGUGUUGAAAGAUAUUAUUAGUUAUACUCAUUAUCUUAGAGAAAAACUUGAUGAGAAGAUAGAAAGACUUCCUGUAUUCCACAAACCAAGACCAGGUGAAAAAAUGACACCACCAAAGUUUGUACGCAAACUUCAACCAACAAGGGCUACAGAUGGUCAAACAGCUACGUUAGAAUGUCAAGUGAGUGGCACCCCAAGACCUACAGUGACAUGGUUCAGACAGACAGCUAUUAUCAAGCCUUCUUCAGAAUUUCAGAUAUUUUAUGAUGAUGACAAUGUUACAACAUUAAUUAUUAAAGAGGUGUUUCCAGAAGAUGCAGGAACAUUUACUGUUGUAGCAAAGAAUGCAGCUGGUUUUGCAUCAUGCUCAGCAGAAUUUAUUGUUGAAGCACCUCUGUCAGAUCAUGGUAGUGAUUUUACACCCUUGUCAAGAAGAAGUUUAUCUCGUGAAUCCUCUUUAGCAGAUAUAUUAGAAGGCAUUCCACCUGUUUUCUUCCAACCUCCUCAAGAUAAAACUGUCGACGAAGGAAGUGACACUGAGCUGAUAUGUAAAAUUGCUGGUGUUCCAGAACCAAAAAUCACAUGGUUAAAGAACGGUCAACCUCUAAAAGAAACAGAUCGUAUAACUAUAAAAAGGGUGACAGAUUUUGAUACUUACACUGUAACAGUAAAAAUAAAAAAGACUAAACCUGAAGAUGGAGGCACUUAUACAAUAAAGGCUGAGAAUAAGGAAGGAAAAACAAAUACAUCUUUAACUCUAACAGUCAAAGAAGCAGCUCAGCCUCCCAAAAUUACUAAAAAGCCUCAACCAAAAGAAAUUAAACCCAAAGACAAAGUAGAAUUUGUAUGUACAGUAACUGGAAAACCAACACCGAAAGUUGUGUGGCAACGAAAUGGAAAAGAAAUCAUUCCUGACAAACGUCAUUCCAUUACUUCCAAAGAUGAUACACACACACUCACAAUUAAUCCAACAGAACCUGGUGACAAAGGUACUUACACUGUAACUGCAUCUAACCCUGCAGGUAAAGAUAGCACAACAACUGAAUUAACAGUAUUAGAAGAAAAACCAAAAGAAGAGCCUCCAGUCUUUACUCAGACAUUCAGCGAUACAUCAGUACUGGAGAAAGAUACAGUUACUUUAAUUGCAAAAGUCACAGGAAAACCACCUCCAGAAGUAACUUGGUACAAAGAUGGAAAGAAGAUCAAACCUUCAAAAACCAUAAAAGAAACACAAGAGAAAGAUGUUUAUAAAUUAACAAUAACCGAAACUAGUCCAAAGAAAGAUUCUGGUGAUUAUAAAUGUGUCGCUACAAAUCCUGCUGGUAAAACAGAACAUACAGCUAAAGUUACAAUUCAAAAGGCAGGAGUUGAAUUUGUUGAGAAAUUACAUGACAUUGAAACUAAGGAGAAACAGGAAGCCGUAUUUAUCACGCAAUUGUCUCAAGAAGAUGCAGAUGUUAAAUGGUAUAAAGAUGGAGAAGAAAUUAAACCAGAUAAAAAGAAGUAUGAAUUUGUAAAAGAAGGAAAAGUAAGAAAACUUAUAAUACAUGAUUCACAUAUAAAUGAUGAAGGAGAAUACACUUGCGUUCUGGGUGAAAAAGAAUGCACUGCUGAUCUAGUAGUAGUUGAACUUCCACCUGAAAUUACAACUGAACUAGUAAAUGUAACAGUUGCAAAAGAUGAAGUGGCUACUUUCAAUAUUGAAUUAACAAAAGGUGAUGCAAGAGUCAGAUGGUUUAAAGAUGGCAAAGAAAUUCAGUUUACAGAACACGUACAAUUAAAAAUCGAUGGAAAGAAACAAAAACUCAUAAUUUACAAUUCAACGUUUGAAGAUGCGGGCACAUAUACAUGCAAAGUUGGUGAUAAGAAGAGUUCUGCAAAUCUUACAGUUGAAGCUCCCACUGUUGAAUUUACUGCUAAGCUUCCAGAAAAAACAACGGUACCACAAGAUACCGAUGUGACAUUUACUGUUGAGCUCUCCCGUCCAGAUGUAGAUGUCAAAUGGUUGAAGAAUGGUACACCCGUUUCUGAUAAAGAUACACACUUUAGAUUUAUUAUUGACAAAACAGUUCGAAAGCUGCAAGUUUCCAGUGUAAACAAAAAUGACAGUGCUGAAUACAGUUGUGUGGCCGGAAAUGUCAAAACAACCACAAAAUUACAAGUUCAAGAAGUUUCUGCAGAAUUUACUCUAAAAUUAAGAGAUGUCAUAGUACGUGAGAGUGAUACAGCAACUCUUCUGGUAGAAGUGACGAGAGAAACACUUGAAGUACGCUGGAUGAAAGACGAUAAGGAUGUUGAACCUAGUGAACGUAUGAUCAUACACAAAGAGGGUAGACAACGAAAAUUAAUAAUUAAAGACACAACAUUUGAUGAUAGAGGCAUUUAUACCUGCAUUUUAAAUGAAAAACAGUGUUAUUCUCAUGUAACAGUUGAAGCUCCACCACGUGUGACCACAGAAACAAGAAAGUUCAGCGUAAAGAGAGGAGAUACUCUUAAAAUCGAUAUUCCAUUUGUAGCUCUUCCUGCUCCAAAAAUAGAAUGGUUUUUCAAUAAUAAACCACUAAAACCAACAAAGAGGUUAACUGUCGAAACAUUAAAGAACAGUACACAUGUAACUGUUAAAAAAUUCGAAGACAGUGAUGUUGGAAUUUAUACGUUAAAACUUAUGAAUAAAUGGGGAGAAUGCACAACAGAAUUCCAUGUUUCUCUAAUUGAUAAACCAAAGCCACCAGGCACUCCAGAAGCAUCAGAAAUUUCAACUGACUCAUUAACGCUGAGUUGGAAAGCACCAGAUAGUGAUGGUGGUUCACCUAUUACAAACUAUAUAAUAGAAUAUCAUGAUCGUAACACACUUCGUUGGUCUACAUUCAAUGAAACAUUUAACAUCACAGAUACUCAUCAAAGAAUUACUAAAUUAAAGAGUGGAGAGGAGUAUAUGUUCAGAGUUAUUGCAGUAAAUGAGGCAGGAAAGAGUGAUCCUUCUCCAGGAACUAGAUACAUUCCAUUAAAGGAAUUAGCAGGAGAACCACCAGUUGUUCUAGAACAUUUACAAGAUGUUGCAGUUGGACUGAAAUCAACUGUUAAACUUCAGUGCAAGAUAGGAGGAAAACCAACACCAACUAUCAAAUGGCUGAAGAAUAACAAAGAUCUUCUCGUGAUCCGUAAUAUAACCACCACGUAUGAAAAUCAAAUAGCAACAUUGACGAUAGGAGAAACUACAGAAAAAUCUGCAGCAACAUACACGUGUAGGGCAACAAAUAAUUCUGGAACUGUCGAAACCUCUGCCGAACUGAAGAUACAAGAAAAGCCCACUGCAGAAUUUGAUCCAGAGAUGAAGAAUGUCAGAUUAAAAGCCUCAUCUGAAUACAUUCUAGAUGUAAAAGUUAGUGGACAUCCAUUACCAAGCAUAACGUGGUUGAAAAAUGGACACCCACUCGAAUCGACCAAACAUGCAUUGGUGCAGAUCAGAGAGAAAACUACAACUAUAACGAUACGCACAGUCGAAAAUGCAGAUAGUGCAACAUAUACAUUAGUUUUAGAAAACCCAGCCGGAACUGAAAAAUAUAAUUUUAAACUCCAAGCUUUAGACAAGCCAAUGCCUCCAGAAGGUCCAAUGACAUUCCCUACUGUUGACAAAGAAUCAAUUACUAUUUCCUGGCAACCUCCAAGUAACAAUGGAGGAUCUGAAGUUACAUCAUAUAUCAUAGAAAAAUGUGAUGUAAAAAGAAAAGUUUGGAUGGAGGUGACAACAGUCGCUGCUGAUUUAACAACCUACAAUGUUCAGGAUCUUUACGAAGACAGUACUUACAUGUUUAGAGUUUCUGCAGUUAAUGAAUACGGCAAAAGUGACCCCUUGCAGUCAGAUCCAGUAACUGCUAGGAGUCAAUUUGAAAAACCAUCUCCACCUACGGGACCACUGACAACUUCCAAUAUGACAGAUACGAGCUUUACAUUAAGCUGGAAUGAACCCAGCAGUGAUGGCGGAACACCUAUUAUAGAAUAUAUUGUAGAAAAGAAAGAAGUAGGUCGCAAAGCAUGGCAACGAGUGGGAACAACAGAUAGCAGAUUGCUAACUAUGGAAGUAAGCGGUUUGAAAAAGUCGACGGCAUACCAUUUCCGAAUACUAUGUAGGAAUGAUGUAGGAACAAGCUUACCGUUUGCACCGGAAGAACCAAUCACGCCGGGUGUUCAAAUAAGUAAGUGAGCCUUAAAUAUAGCCAUUUAUCAUCUUAUCUUAAUAAAUAACAUUAAAUGUUGCUGUUUUAUAGUGCCUCCUUCUGCUCCUGUUGGUCCUCUUAGCAUAGUCAACAUGACAAAUAAAACCAUUACACUCUCUUGGAAAUCACCAUUGUCUACGGGUGGUGCUGAACUCACUGCAUAUAUUCUUGAAAAGCAGGAAACUCAUAUCAAGAAAUGGGUCCGAAUUGAAACUCUAGAACCGCACAUCACCACAUACACUGUACAUAAUUUAUCAGAAAAACAUGAAUAUUUCUUCAGAGUGUUUGCAGAAAAUAAGGCAGGUCUAAGUCCACCAUUAGAAACAGAAACACCAGUGAAGUUAACAAUCACAGCAGAUCGACCAACACCGCCAACUGCACCUCUAGAGAUGAGGGUAACAGGACCAAGUUCCGUAAUGAUCGAAUGGGGUAAACCAGAAUCCGACGGAGGAGCACCAAUACUGGGAUAUAUUAUUGCAUUACGUGACGUGAGAAGAAUUAUGUGGAUGGAGGUGGGCCAAGUUGAUGCUGAAACUCAGAGAUUACAAAUCAAAGAUCUUCAGGAAGGUCAUGAAUAUCUAGUAAGAAUUAUGGCACGAAAUGAAGUCGGUAUCAGUGAUCCACUUGAAUCUGAAGAACCAGUUAAAGUGAUCAGACCACCAGGAUACCUAGAAACAAUGCUUCCCGAGCACGACGAUUUGACUCCAUCUCUAACAUUCAGCACGGAAACAUCAUCAUCGUGGAUACGCGAAGCAAACGUUGAACCUUUAUUACGCAGUUACACCAAACACGUCCUAAUAGGUCGUAAUGAAUAUUUCUUCAGGAUAUGGCAUUAUGCCGAAUCAUUAUUCAAAUAGACAUGUGAUAAAAAAAGAUUUUCAAAGAUCAACAUAGCCUGGACUGUAAAUUUGAAUCUAUGUGUACAAUUGAUGUUUUUGUGUAAGUCGUGAUGAUUUUUUUCAUUUGACAUGGACUAACUAGAGUCAAUUCUGAAAGAAAUAUAUUUAAAAAUUUAAAAAAAAAAUUGCCUCCUGUUCAGUCCAAGUCAUCAAAUGUGAAUCUGAAUAGAAUUUUUUUGCUUAUAUGUUUUGCUCUUUUGGAACAUAAAUUAUGCUUUAUACGUAAAAAAUAAAAUAAUAUGCCCUUAAGAAAAAUUUCUUAAGGAUUUAAUAACUUUAAA